AUAUUGUCCAAUCAAUGAGUUGGCCACGGAGCCGAGCGGACCUGUGUGAGAGCUGAGAGAGAGAGGCAGAGAGACAGAGAGAGAGAGAGAGCAGCUUCCUCAGCGUCGUGUGUGGAGCGUUUUCAGCAGCAGACAGACAUUCACACACACAGAGCGAAGGAGAACCGUUUAACAGAAAUAACGCGACUUUACUCGGAAAACACGCGUCUUUGCCACAUCUUUUCCACGCCUUCUUCGUGUUAUUUCUUUUUUUGUGUUUGUACUGGAUGGGCAACAGCGAGCGAGGCUUACUGCGGUAAAUCAAUUUCCUCCUCCAGACCUGGGAAUUACAAUGAAAAAUGUAGGUGACACAUUUCCUUUUGUACUAUAGGAUCCAAACAAGAAGAAAGACGGGAAGAGAAAGAAGAGAACAGGUAAAGAAAAGCAGUCUGUCUGGGUGCGAAGUGUGUAUUUAAGUGGCACAUCAUGAUGCAAACCCUGCGUAACUUCUAAGCCAGGGUCUAAUGUAGUCUGUGGAUGUCGUAGUUUACAUUAUCUCAGUUUAUCCUCACUCGACCUGGAUUUUCUUGCCAUUCCUGAUGAUUAAUGCUAACUUCAAGGCGUCAGUGAUAUGCCACAUUUCCUCCUGCUUGGGCGCAUGUGUGCCACUGCAAUGUUUGCGCUUUAUUGUUGAGUCUCCAUCGAUUCACAAGAGGAGGAGAAACCUCUCAUCCUGAGUUAAUAUGACAUAAAGCAUGGGUUUCUUCUUUGUUUCUUUCCAAAGGGGGAAAAAUGGUGACGGCUGCCGCAUCUAUAGGAUCUGCAUCCUCUCUGUGGAGUCCCUGCGUAAAAGAAAAACAGGUAUUUUUUGUUGCUCUCGUUUUUGUCGGCGUUGUGCUGCUGCAGUGUGUUACACAGCCAUGCGAACAGGUCUUUAUCAUGAGGCUGUUGUCUCAUCUGGCGUCUCACAUACAUACAAUACUGUAACGCCUCAGCACAAUGCAACAAAACCCUCCCAUUUUGUGCCUCAGUGUGAUGCCCUGAAUGCAGCUGCAGCAUCCAUACAUGGAUUUACCUAGCAGCUGUAAAUUAAUUGCGUCUUUGUGUGUGCAUGAGUGUGGAUGUGUGGUGCAUUAAAGUCAUAUGGAAGAAGGCGGAUUGCACACAUGCACACUCACUCACUCACUCACUUGGAUGCCAUGGUUGGCUCCAGUGAAUGCUAAUGCAUCAUGCUAAUGCAGAAUCACUGCAAACUAACUGCACAGGACUCACAGGUGUUGGCUGCAGUCUGACUUUAUCAAAGUAAAGGUCCUUUCACACUGGGAGCGUUUUUGUCGUGCGAUUAUUUCGGAUGUCAAGUGUUCACAUCAGUGACGUUUUGCAAUAUUGUGGCAUUUAUUUUUUUGGAUCAUUGCCGAUUUUUCUAAAGUUUCGCACACUGUGUGUCCACUUCUGACCAAUCAGAUUGCGUGUUGUUGCAACGUCUGAUUCACUGGUAUACCCAACAUGGCCGACCAGCUGAUUGUUUAUGAUCGUUUACACACACAUUACAAAGAUAACGACCUGAAGGACAACUUGUGGAGAGUCAUAGCGUCGGAUUUCUCAUAUGACGAUAGUUUGUGUGCUUUAACAGUUUGCUAAACGUCAUUGUUUAAACCUUGACCGUGAUCCAGUUUAAGCUCCUGAACCAAGCAGUGAAACUCACCAAAUUCUCUUCUUUUUUGUAAUAUUGGAUGCACCCGUGUGCUACGUUUCUUUUUCUUUUGAGAAAGCAAAAGAAGUACCAAUUCGCCAUCACUUGAAGUUGAAGUAGACUCCAUUUUUGUCCUCUCGCUUCCAGGCGGGACGCUGGUUGUUAAGGGAAGGUCCCGCCCUCAGCUGUUUGGCUUGAGCGUGUGAUGACGUUUCCAGCUUUUCUAGCCAAUCAGAGGCAAAGGAGGCGGGACUUUCCCACUGAAAACUCUUUCCCGGGAUCUGUCUUUUCUCCCCCGGAAAGUCGCAAAAUCGCAUCGGGCUUGAUGUGUAUAGUCAGGCGCGACAAAAUUCGCCCCAGAAUAUUUCUAUAUUCGCGUCGGCCCUGGUGUGUAAGGACCUUUACUGUGUGUGUUUUCAUGUGUGUGUGUUUGGGGAAUGCAUGUGUGUAGGUGUCUGUGUAGGUGCGUGUUUGUGGAUGAUAUCACCUUGCGUUUGGUUGCAGGGCUAUGUGUGGUUGAGGAUGUGUUUUAACCAGUUUUUUUUUUUUCGAGCUGCACACCUACACCUGCCUCAGCGGGCUGCUGCUGCUAAAGUGAGGGUACAUUUAGAGGAGAGCUUCCCGUCCUCCAUGAUGACACACUCAGAGUCUGUUUGGCCUGUUCAGCCACAUAACAAUUCUGGUGUGAUACUUCACUCACAGCAAGGUGACUAAUUAAAACGUGAAAUUAAAAUGCAGCCUGAAACGCUCCGACACCGACCAGUUAUGACCAGUUAUUUGAUUCUUGUGGUGUGUAAAGAACUUUGGGAGCAGAGGGAUGUUUAGUUUUCAAUGAGACUGAGAUAUUUGGCUUCACGUUUCGUUGAUAAGUGGUCAGUAACUGUGAAUGAUUUGGUCACAGUGUCCGAGAGCCAAAGCACUGUCUUCAAAUACUCACUGUGUCCAACAAACAUUUAAAAACUGAAAUUUAUUCAGUUCAUUCAAAUGCAAAAUAGGACAGAGGAUGACAUUUCUCACUUCAGAAGCUUGAUUAAGAGUUUAUUUGGCAUUUUAGCUGAAUUAAUGGCCUUAACUAGUCAUUUACAAUCAAAUAACAGGAUAAAAGACUGUAUUUGUUUGCCUCACAAACAGUUUCUGUAACAUUCAUCACUACUGUAGUAGCAGGACUCCUCAAUUAUUAAAAUAAACCUUUAUCCAAUAACUGUUGCCAAAUGGAUUCAUCUUUCAGUUAUGUUUUGUUCAUCGUUUGGAAGUGUUAGGUCUCAAAUAGGGCAGAAAUAGUAAAUCAAGUACCCAUUAUAGAGGUUGACAUAAAGCUAAAUGUGUUUUCGGGACCACUCAACAUGACUCAACAGCCAAGGAUUAAACCAGGUUAUAAUGCAGAGUAGUCCAAACAGCCCAAAGUCAGGUUGGGUGAUACAUUGAUUUGAUAUUUAUAUUUAGAAUAUGAUCUCUAAUUGAUGAUAGCAUGAACUAAGUCAGGGCCAGUACCAGAUAAGCACAUGAAACUAUAAUCCAUAAACAUAAGGUAACAACCGAGACCUAAUGGUGCUGUGACAGCAACGCUGUGAUUGAGUUUGAGACAGUGAAACUACAUAUGGUAUGUUGUAUCUGAACAGGUUAGCUUACGAGCUAAAGUUACUUAGCACAGAUGAAAGUUAAAACAAAGACGUUUAUCAAACUGUUAAAGCACACAAACCAUCGUCAUAUGAGAAAUCCGACGCUAUGACUCUCCACAAGUUGUCCUUCAGGUUGUUAUCUUUGUAACGUUUGUGUCUUUUAUCAAAAAUCACUCUGUUCUCCGACACGUAAACAAUCAGCCGGUCGGCCAUGUUGGAUAUACUGGUGAUUUAGACGUUGCAACAACACGCAAUCUGAUUGAUCAGAAUUGGAGACACAGUAUGUGAAACUUUAGAAAAUUCGACUGUGAUACGGAAAAAAAAAAAGCUGCAAUAUCGCAGGACGGGAAAGCGUCGCUGAUGUGAACGUUUGUAUUGCCAGGAUACGGGUUCGAAAAAAAAUAUUGACGUCCGAAAUAAUCGCACAAAAAAACGCUCCCGGUGUGAAAGGAUGAGAAAGAGACACAGUGGAAAGCAGUCAUGAUGCAGUCGUCAAAACCAUGCUGUCCAUAGAUAAGACUGGGUUCAUCCAUGUGGUCCAAAUCUUGUUUUUCUCAGUCAUUUAUUUUUGUAAAGUCCGUCAUAACAAAUGUUGACAUUUAAACACCAAAGCUGAAUAGAAGAUGAUCUGAUUUAUACUCAGGUUAAUAAGGUUUGUGGUUAUAAGUCACCCGAGUCUGGUUUUAUGUCGUGUAUGAAACAGUCACAUCUGUGUGUAAUGGGAAAACAUGAAAGCUCGUACCUUUUGUCAAUGAUAGGACCCAGAGCCAGAUCAAUAUAAUGAUCUGCUGACUAUUUCUAAUCAAUCAAUGAAUCGUUCAGUCAAUAAGCCGUCAGAUAAUUCUGAAAACAAACCCUCAGAGCUCCCCAAGACGUCCUUUUGAUUACUUAUUGUGUCCAAACAGCUGCCAGAAAACCCCAAAGAGUUUCCAUUUCCAAUUUGAUCGGACCGAACCAACAAUUAUGGACAUUUUUUCUUGGAGAAGGAUUUUAUUGAUCACCGGGAGUGCUGCAGCUUGAUCCAGCAGUUGAUUUAUCGAAUUAGAUAUCACUUAGAAAUGUCAUCAGAAGUUUCUGAUAUGACUGCGGAUACUGGUUACUGUAUGAGAGCCCUCAGUCUGUCAAUCAAUACAUUGAUCAGGCUCAGCUGAUUAUUUGCUUCGUCUAUGAGCUCUCAGAUCAGACUGAAAAAUGACCGUCACCAUUCCUCAAACGGUCUUAGCAACAGCUUAUUUCGUCCAAAACCCCGAGAAAUCCUCACGUCUGAUUGGUUCAAACCGCAUUAAACCGAUAUUUCUCCACAGUUAGUGACUGUACCGAAGGUCGGGAGGACUGUUGAUUGAUUUCUGUCAGCCCAGCAGUCGAUGAAUCAAAGAAACUGAUAUUUAGAAACGUAGGAUUUUCAUGUCGCUCAAUCAGAAUCAGUCGAAGCUUCUUCUGGGCUUCUUCACGCCAACGUUUGUGAUUAACAUGAGGUUAAAAAAUCCUCUGCAGGAGAGGAAGACGGAGCUCUCUGCACGUCCACAGUGAUCCUCGACGGAGCAGACCGCAGUGCAGCCAGAGGACGUGUUGUGUGUGAGUAAGGGGCAUCGCUGCGAUUAUAGAUGUAUACAUCCCCCUGCAGCCCAGCGAUCACACUCUCAAGCUGUUUGCAUGCCUGCGUACGCCUACCUUUGAGUGAAAUCAACAAGUUCACGCCCACUCUCUGGGGGCUGUUGAAAGGCAUUCUGGGAAACGCACUGGGAAACCACUGACUGAAGUGGAUGCAGACGAGAAAGUGGGUACACCCAAGUUGAUGACAAAAGCGUUGCACAUCAGAGAGGAGAUGAUAUAACCGAGUCAAGAGUAUCAGAGGGGGGAUGUUCCUGGAAAUUUCUGCAGAGUAUCCGGCUCUCUGGUGUUUUAUUUUCAGCCGUUAUUGACCUUGGUUGCAGAGUUAAGCGUCUUAAAAGGCGGAGAAGUCGAUUUGAUUUGUAGCAUGAUGGCUGACUUUAGCUCACUUAUGCUUGUGCUCAUUCCCCUGAUGUGAUGGAGGAGGUGGAUCGUCUGCAGCUCCACCAUCCAUCACGGGUGUUUUAUGAGUCAGCAGUGAUUAAUCUGAUCGGCGGUGGCCACAUCUUUCCUUCAGAGAAUGAUUUGGAAACAGGCGGCGCACGUAGACAAACGGCCUUGACUGCGGCCCCGGAUGUUGGAGGAUUUUACCGCCGGCUUGCGGGGAGACUCAGGUGUUGACGUCACUGUGACAGACGUGGGUACAAAUGACUGAACAAGCCUCAGGAACAAACGUUAUUGUGUUUGUACUGUACGCCGAAUCGUCUUCCUGGAACUCCCCCUCCGUUUUAUCGACGCGAGAGAGAGAUUCGAUGUGUCACAGGUGCUUCAAAAGCCUCAAACAACACCCGUGUGUCUUUUCAGACGGCGCUCCUCUGAAGGUGAAACACACUUCGCUCACCUGCUUUAAAAAGCGACUCCGCAUGACGUGACAGUCAGAUCUCCAGCAGGGGCUUUUUUUUUUUAAACGUCUCAUUUCUGAGUGACCCAUUUGUGCUGGAGCAGACGGUUUAAUUAAAAGUUUCUGUGUGAUGGUGACAUACGGCUGACCUGGUUGGGCUUCAGGCUGGCUGAGCUCGUGUCAGCUGGGAAUGGAGACGCUUAUAUUAGAGCAGAGUCUAUUCAGGCACAUGUCUCAUGCAAAGAAGGAGUCAAACAGGCUUUUGUUCGUGAUUUAUCUUCCUGUAUUUCUUGAUUGAGUCGGUGCAGAUUGGAAAAACAAGCAAAGACAACAACCUCAGGUCUCUGCGCAGUAUUUUGUGUUUUUUUGGAUGAAAUCUGAAGUUAAGUUCAGGUGUGAAUUGCUUGUUUUCCUGAGUUGUUGGUUUCAGCAGUCAGCAGAUACACUCAGGUUCAAGUACGGCUGUUUUGGAUUAAAAAGGCUUGUACUGUGAUCUCUGCCAUGAGUGAAUAAAGUACCAAAUUUACGCAACCAAAACAUUGUUGCAUAAAUCUGGUAUAUUUUUUUAUGCCGUUGUCUCCACCUUUUCUUUUCUGACGCCUCCAAAGAGUAAACUCUGUCAGAUUUAAAGUUGAACACGACGCCAACUCGAGUAUUUACAGGGAAAACCCCUCGAUUUCAUCCACGCCGUGACUCUUUUUAGAGUCGUCUUAAACUUUUGUGUCUCUGUCUCUCUGGGGAGACGCUUGGCAGCAGGGAUUGUUGUAACAAAGAUUGUCUGUUGAUUUGUUCUGCCGAUUCCUCUGCCAGUAUCACUGUCUCCACGCAGCACAGAGGCAACCCAGAGCCGCCGCUCAGACAGAAAGUUUUUACCGAAUGUUAGUCUGUUGUAGCAGGACUGAGAAUCCUCCUCGCUGGAUCAACACUUCCCUCUUGGCUGUGUGGAAGAUGCAGCUCCGUGAGGCUCUUCCUCCCCACCUUCAGCGGACUGGAAACACCCCACCGCUCCACAUACAUGACAGCAAAACAUUAUGUUGAAUUUUACGCCUCCUGGAGCUGUCCCCGAGGAAAAACAUGACACCACCGCGCCCGUGGAGAGGGAAUAAUUAACGCCUGGAUCAGAUUGACUAAUUAUACCGUUAAUAAUCUUUGAGAGGAAAUAUUCAAAGUGGUUUUCGCAGGCAGGCAGCGCUGACACUAACCGAGCAGAGAAAUCUGUUCGAUGUCUGUCUCACAAUUGUCCUCAUUCACAGUGUCUGUCAGCGUCUGCCUCACAGUGACGAUGAGAGCAUAUGGUGCAGUGAGCUCAGAGAGCAUGAUGACAUUAACAUACCACACGCACACUGAUUUUACCCCGUCACACCCGACUCAACCUGAUUGAUGAAACCAUUACUCUACGGAUGACUUAUCUACUCAGUCGAUGCCUAACUUUGCUGAUGUAUUUGUUUUUGUGCACAUGAUGUCCCGAUGUUAGUAAGAAUGGGCAUUUUAAGAAAGUCCCUUGAUCGAUUAAUUAUAUAAAUUAACAAUCAAUCAUGUAGUUGAUUGUUUUUAUAUGAAUGGCAGAAAAUACGCAAAAAAACGUGUUGUUCAGGACUGCGCGCUACAUGCUCACUCGCGCUUCCUUCCGUGUGGCUACCGUCAUAGCCGUUGUGUUUUUCUCAUUCAUGAAACACUAAAAUCGAGGACAUUUUCCAGGACGGGUCAUUAAAAUCAGUAAUGUCUGGUCAGCCUAUAGAUCUUGCUAGCAUGGAGCUGAUGGUAGGUUGAGACUGAGAGCACUCGGAGGAUUCAUUGACCUCAGUUGGAUGUACAUUGUAGUAAAAGUGGUACAUCAUUUGGGUCGUUGUCGUGUUUUACUUGUACACGGCAUCAGUGUUUGCAGCAAACCUGAUCAUUUUCCCACACCACACUUAGUUUUGCUUUCUUUGUGUUUUUUUUCGUCUUCUACAGAAGCCUGUUGACGCUGUAUCACUCCGCUUGUACGAUGUCAAAUUCCUUUGCGCGGUGAUAGUCGCUGCAUUCCUUCAACACACACACACUGACUGGACAAAGAGGGUAUCCCUUCCAAUCCGCUUAAGUUGAUCUUUGCUGGAAAGCAGCUGGAGGAUGGACGUUGGACGAGUUAGAUCGAUUGAAGUUUUGCGUGAUUGACGUAAUUCUUAAUAAUCAAUUAAUCGAUCAUCGAUUAAUCGUGCCCAUUCCUAGUUGUUAGAAUCAUCCGUUAUAUCUGAUGCUGACACAGUUAUAUUAAGGCUGGGGGAUUACAGAAAAUUAACCAAUACCAAAAUUUACAACAAUAACCGACGUCAUUUUACCCACAUUGGUAUAUUCGGUGUCAAAAAAAUAAAUAAACAAAAGUAGGUUUUGGAUGUGUGUAGGUAGGCUAUGGUCUCAUGUCCCUUUAAGACGCUGCCCUAUGUCAGAGACGUGACUCCAGUCCAUCCCAUCCAGUCCGUAACAAAGAGGGAAAGACAGGUGAGGAGAUGGAGGACGGUUCAAAAGUUGUAGCGGCUGAAGUAGACGAAGUUUAAUGUUGGAGGGGAUGAGCAGCUUGUGGAGUAGUUAUCUUGGAUCAGGGCGCUGCUAGAUAGAGGUGCUAGAGCGGAGUCUGGAAUGGACUGCUUGUAUUGGAGUGCUGAUAUCAGAGAUUUUAGAUGCAGGCUGAUACAAUCUGAUAUUCAUUUUUUUGCUGAAUCAAUCUCGUAUCGGGACACCCCCAUCGCUCAUACCUCCAAACCAUAGCUAAACAACAUAAACAAUGGUUAAACCCACAAUUAUCAACAGUCCGAUUUGUAGUCGGCUAAUUUUGUCAUACUCCCAGCAGAGUUUCUCCUAAUGUGCAUGAUGCCAUCCUGUAGUCUGAGCCCUCCCUCACUGGUAGCUGGAUCCUUAAAAGAUCGAGCCAAAAAUAAAUGAAGCCCCUAACACUGAGCUCUAGUUCUGUUGUUUUAUUCAGCGUGAAGCAGAGACGUUUCAUUAAUAUGUGAUUCAGAGAGUGAACCUGGACCACCAAACCGAGACCUGAUGUGCCUCUUCUUCUGCUUUUCUUCUUUUAGACAAAUCUCUCAUCCUCUCGUCUCAACCAGGUGGAAUCUGACCAGAUACUUAUUCAUUAUUUCUGGUUAGGAGGAAAAAGCCCAUCAGUAUAAAUAUUAAAGGGGCACUCCGCAGAUUAAAUCUGAUGCCAGCGGGCUUAUCUCUGCUCAUGAAUGAUUAACAGAGCCUUCAUUAAAACUUUGAACAAAGAGUUUGGGAAACACAGGGAUUAACAGAAAGACUGAUUUGAGAUGCAUUAUGAGAAAUUUUAGAUCCAGGAAUUGACAUCUUUCCUAUGAGUUUAUGGUACUGGUAUUUAGCUCCACAGUCCUGGUGUUAGGAGAUGAUCUGAAUGGAUUGUUGGAAACUUUCUCAAUCUUAAAUUCAGUCACCCACACAUCCAAACAUAAUUUCUGUUGUUUAAAGUUUUCGAGCCAGUGAUAAAAAAAAUGAGUUUUUGUGCAGCUCCUCUCAGAGUUACAGAGCACAGGCUGUGAAGUGAGCUGCUCUGGGCUAAACUCACUCAACAAUAAUCCUGUCAGCUCUCUGCUUUGAGUGUAAGUUUUUGUUUUCAUCUGCAUCAUACACCACCUAAAUAAGAUGUUGGGUAAUAUUUUUUCAUUGGUGUCUGUCCCUGCGUAACACCCGUGCCCCAGUUCCUGCUGACAGACUUUCUGAAAGUAGGCCAGUUAGACGGGAGCUCUUAAAAAGCAGUCGCUGUUGUGGCUGAUUGUCACAAAAAAUGAGUCAAAGUUAAUGGGACUGAUGGAGGCGAACGCUCUUUGAAGAUUGCACCUGUCGCUCGAAAUAUUUCAGGUUUGUGCUCGGAAAAUCAGCGGAGUUGUUUUCUCUUAUUCUCUAUUACGUUUCUCACUUGUUGAAAUUUUACGGGUAAAUACUGUAUUUAUGGUUUGCAAAGUGCUGCUUGUGAGAUUUUCACACAGUCAUACUGAAAAGAGGUUGCAUUGGAUUAACAGUUGAUAGUAAUGCCUUAAAGGGAUAUUCUGGCGUAAAAUUAAUUAAGGGUCAAACACACCAUAACAUAGAGUUAGACACCCCCUCCAGAGAGGAAUGUGUCCAACAGCUUGCUUCUCUAGUUAUAACUUUAGUAAUGACCGCACGAUAGCAAUACAGAGAGCGAUGCACUCAACCAAAACGCCACUCUAUAGCCACAAAUAAUGCUCAGAACAGCACCUAACUUCAUCAACAGGACAUAUAGGGUUCAAGCCACAGCACUAGCCACCUAACGAGCGGCUAGUACUCGUUAGGUGGCUAGUCCAUCAACUGCAGCGGGGUGACGCAGCUCAAGGAAGAACAUUUAUGAUCAUUUCUUCAUGGAAAUACAAUCAGACCGAGACUCUAAGGCAAAAGAACUACCGCGUCUGCAGUGCAAAAUGAUUAAUAUGAUUAUUACUUUAAGGAAAUGAUAAAGAAAUGAUCAUAAAUGUUCUUCCUUGAGCUUCGUAACCCCGCUGUAGUCCCUAAUGGACUGGCCUGAGGUCUCCGUACAAACAAGUGGCUGCUGGAAGAGAGUAGGUGAGUUGUGUUUAGUCUCUUUGCUGAGACAUAAGGCAAAGCUAAAAAGAUGUUUGGUGGCUAGUACUAUGGCUGGAACCCUAUAUGUACUGUUGAUGAAGUUAGGUGCUGUUCUGAGCAUUAUUUGUGGCUAUAGAGUGGCGUUUUGGUUCAGCGCAUGACUCCUGGGACCGCUGUGUAUUACUAUCCUGCGGCCGUUACUAAAGUUGUUAUAUCCAGAGAAGCAAGCAGUCGGCAACAUUCAUCUCUCGACGGGGUGUCUAACUCUAUGUUAUGGUGUGUUUGACCCUAAAUUAAUUUAACAACGGAAUAUCCCUUUAACAAGGACAUUUUAAGAAUCCAUUCCUCCAUUAUUAUUUAUUCUAACGGCCAGAGACGGUGUACUCUGUCCGAGUAAACACCAGAUUACUCAACUCCAGCUGGAAAUCAAUGGUUAUGACAUUAUGAAGUGUCAUUUUGGGGACUGUUAAUGGACACAUGGGCCUGCUGUAAUACUUCUGACUCGGCACUGUCAUCUGAGAACUGGGCUGCAUUAAUGGAUUUUUAUUCCUACACCAGUUUUAUCCCAUCAGUGUGUCAGGACCAAGGGCAGUGCACUGACCUUUAUGGACAGAGUUCACCGCAGCAGUCACGGCCCUGCCAGCUUCGCCCCCAGUCCACAUUACAAUACACAGCCAUACUGUUACCGCGGCCGCUACAUGCCCCUAUGCACUGGCACAUUUCCCAGCAUGCCUCAGAGAGGGAAGAAAGGGGGGUAGGGAGAAAGGUUGAGAACAGGGUCAAAGAAGAAACAGAGAAGAUGAGGUUGGAGAAGGAAAGAUGGAGGGCAGUGAAGUGAUGACAGAGUUGCAGGAGGAAGAUUGUGAAUGAAGAAGAAGAUAUCAAGAGUAGAUUCAUAUAAAAGAACCCACCACGCCGAGAUGACAGCCAUAAACGGCAUCAAUAUGGACGCCAGCCAGCGCGAUUGACUGACGCGCUUUUGUGUUACGGUACAUAAAACCAUUCAGGACACACACGAAUGAAAAGGUCCAACAAACACGGGAACAAACGUCUUUUAUUUCCCUCCACUCGUUUUAUUUUUGCGUAUUUUCUCUUUUCAACGCUGCAGCGCUAUUCUGAGAGAGAUGCUCGAGCCCACGCACAUCCUGAGAGGGAGGGAGUGAAUGGAUGGAAGGAUGGAGAGGAGGGAAAGUGUGUGUGUGUCUGUGUGUGUGUGCCAGUGUGUGUUACAGGGGGUCUUCUGCUCUAACUCACCGCCUGUCAGGGAGAUUCUGUCUUCAUAGCUGCUGAUUUCCUGCGCAGGAAGACUCAGGCGUGCAUGUAUACAGUCUGAGUUUACAGCUCGAUAGAUGGAUGUGACCGUCCAGACAGAACCUUUGAAAUCAAUGCUUACGUGUUCACAUUAGCUUCAAAUAUCAAUACAUUGCACAACCCCGCAUAAUCCUCAGUUAUGAAAUCUGUUUGAUUUUCAGUGUAAUGUACUCUGAACGUAUUACAUCACGCACUUUUUAAAGGCUGCAGCCAAUGACUAUUCUCAUCAUCGAUUACUUUGUCACCUACUUGUAUCAGAAACUGAGCUUCUUUAUUGAUUCAGAUCAAAGUAGGCCUGUACAGGUUCUUGCUCUGCUUAGCCUGGUGUCUAACCGAACCUUUGCAUGUUAGCUCCUUGGAGAUACAGCCUCUGAUUGGUCUACAGGCCACAAUAUCGUUAGAAGAAUAGAAAUGACACACUGACUGAAUAUUAGGGCUGCAGCUAUCGAUUAUUUUAGUAAUCGAGUACUCUAUCGAUUAAUCUGUCGAUUAAUCGAGUAAUCGGAUAAGAAAUGUUUUGCUCUCACUGUAAUACUUUGCAUUGAAUCACGUUUGCCUCAUUAAAAACCAUCAGUAACACACAAAACUGAAAUAGGCCAGGUCUUUCAAAUGAAUAUUUUUACUGCAUAAAUCAGGAACCAAAAGUUUUACAUUUUACCAUGUAGUUCACAUGAAACUACUGAAGGCAAGGUCUGCAGAUGGUCUUUUAAUUGCUAUGGUAAUGAUCUUUGCAGUUUUCACUAAACCAGUCACAACUAUUUCCAGGCUUUGGAUCUAAUUUUACUUGUUUAAUUAAUAGGCUGAAAUAAUAUAAUUCUUGGAUACUAACAUAAUUUGACAAGCAAAUGUACAUUUAUUCAAUAUAUAAAAGUGUUACAUUUUUAUUUACAUGUUGUUGUGUGUUGGUCAUUUUGCAGCCCUCUGCUGCUCAUCACACGCCUAGCAGGUGGUGUAUAGCAUUAUCACCAUGGAUACACGGAUGUUUGUGUGAUUUUUUUCAUCCACUGCCGCCCGGUUUGUGUCGUGUAGAUGUUGAUUAUGAAAACACUUCGCAAUAAUUUGGAAACGUGAAGGGGGAGCUGCUGCUGCCCGGUGUUUACGGUAAAUAGACGCAAACACCGACCAAGUGGACGCUUCGGUCUCCGAAAACGCCGAGACAAAUUUACAAACAGCCACUAUUUCAAACAACUGGGCUCAUAAUCGUGAUGUAAACACUUACUUUCUCGCUAGAAAAAAUGUUAUUAUUGAAUGAAUUUAUAUAAUUUGUCCGGUAUGCAGUCGUUCUAUGUAGCUUGUGGUAGGACUAUUUAAAUUUUCCCGGCGCUGCGUCCGGCCGGCACGAAAUGCAUUCUGGGGUAUUUAGUAUGUAUGUGUGUAAACGCUCGGGCAGCCGCGGCAUACUCAAAUCAUCUUUGAGUAGUCAGUAGGCAGUAGCUACUGCUUGAGUAGGUAAGUAGAUAGCAGGCAGUAUGCCAUUUCGGACACAGCUUCUGUCUGUCCUCGUUUCCCUCCAUGAUUGAACCAAACGCGCGGCAGCGGAAGGAGCGGAAAGAGCACGCUUCUGCGCAACAGAAAUAACCGUCCGUGUCAAACACCGUGCGCUGCACAUGGUUCCGGAUUUAAACGAUUCCUCGAGGCAUAUAAUUUGCCUCGAGGAAUUUUAUUAAUCGAGUUACUCGAGUUACUCGAGUAAUCGUUUCAGCCCUACUGAAUAUAACACAUAAAUGAUCACCAGUUACCUGUGAAAGUCUUUAAAAAGUCUUUAAAAACACACCGAACUUCUCUGUGGAAACCUGUCAGUCUCACGAAUCGAGUGGAUUUGACAGUAAACUGAUAAACUGUCGAGCCGAUGUCGUAAAAACAACUGUAUUAUGUUAUAUAUGCUAGAGGUUUGGACCACUCUUGUCAUCUACUGUUGAACAUAACUGUUGGGAAUGUUCUUCUUAUCUAGACUUGAUUAUUUGAGCUCCGAAUCUGAUCUUCUAUUUUGGAUAGAAAAGCCCCAGACUUACUGCUUAGACACUCGGUUUAUUAAUGGCCAGUCUCACGAAGCGAGUGGAUUUGGUAGAGCCAAUGUCGUAAACACAACAGUUAUGUGUUGUAUAUGACCGUGGUUUGGACCACUCUUGUCGUCUGCUGAUAGAUAUGAUAACAGUUAAUGAUAACAGUUAAGACUAGGGCUGAAACGAUUCCUCAAGUACCUUAAUGACCUCGAUUACAAAAACGAUCAAGGAAUUUUCUCUGCCUGGAGUGCCCAAAUUGUCGCUGUUUCACAUGGAUUAUUUUCAAGUUGACGCCUUCUUCAUGUUGUUGUCGACUGUCUCUUGACUACCGCAUCGUUAUUUUGCAAGUUUUAGAGACUGGGUGGAAAAGUGUGAAUGGCAGGAUCACUCAGCACCAACAGAAACGCUGAUGGUUCAAGGUUUAAAAUUUUGUUUUUUGUUAGCUAUCUUUGACUGUCUUAAGGUUGAAAAAAGUCUGUCAGUUUUUGGUCGUUGCUGCUGCUGUUUUAUAAAAAUAAUCUCUUUCUGAUUGGAAGUCGUUGAUGGCUAACUGUCGAAAAUAGAAAACAGUAAAACUAGCGCUGACAUCCUCUUCAGACAAUAACUGAUGGGUUCUGUUUCAUUUACACAAUAUUCCUCAUAGUUUUUGAAGUACUUCAGCCCCUCUCAAAAUCAGGUCAUCGGUCACAUGCGUGCGUCAGGUCGUCACUUUCUUGAAAAGAAGCAGAUUACCGCAGCGAGUCGACUGACUGGAACCACAUCUCUGAAUGUUUGAAUCACUCCAGGAAGCAUUACUCAUACAUUUAGGUUUUGUAACCCACUGCUGCUUUAAAUAACUGCAUUUUGAAAGUCGGUUUUCUUUGGGAUUCCUGCGGUUUUCUUGGUAUAAAUUCAAUGUAGAUCAGGACAGGUGAGAGGCUGCUCUUAAUGGGCCUCAGAGUCUCAUGAAUCAUUGCACAAAGGAAAUUUCAGAGCCGCUCACAGCUGAGAAAGACUCAGACUUAAGUAGGUGGUGGUGUUAAUUCAGCUCGUGGAGGAAAUAUUGACGCACACUUUUAGAGGAUUAGUCAAUCAGAAGAAAAUCAGCUAUUUUUAUUGAUUAUGAAGCCACUUGAAUGUAAAGCCUCUCAUUUAAAAUGUGAAUAUUUUCCUUGUUUUUUGGAGUUAUCAGGCUCUUGUUGGGGUUUGGACAAAACAAGGAAGUCUGAGGUGAUAACUUUGACUCAGUGAAACUGUGAUGGAGAUUUUUCUUUUCACUUUGAUUGAAAAUUUUGUCAUGUAAUUGGCACCCCUUGUCGCCAGCGUCCUUCCACAGUUUGACAGUCAGCUCUGAGGAAAGUGUUUGUAAAAGUAGAUAAAGUAGCCGAAUCUGAAAACAGGAGAACUUUUAACACAGCAGAUAUUUUCCUCUUUGCAGAAAGUGCAUUGACAGAUGGUGUGCUGGACUGCUUUGUUGUGACACCGAGAGUAAAAUAACUGAUAAUUAGUAAGUCAGGAGAGACAUAGGUAUUAAUGAGCGAAUGAUAAACAUGCAAAAUUUAGAAAAAAACAUCAAACUGUUAAAGUAAUGAGCACUGGAGGGAUGGUUGGAUGUUAUGAGUGAAACAGUACAGCCGAAAACAUACAGGAUCCAUAUUGAGCGCGUUUCGUCAGCGUCACCAAUCUGCUCAGCGGAGUAGCGCUGUCUAUUGCACACAGGAUGCGUAUUUGGAGCGUAGCAGCAGCGAAGUUCAGCCCAGGUCAGCUGGGCUCAGUAUAGAGGAAACAACACGCUCACAACAGGUUGUUUUGCCUCUCUGUGGUCUAUUUCCUGCUAAUUUGGAUAGAAUUGAUCAAUAGAAAUGAUCAUUUUGAAGUAAUAAUCGUUAUAUUAAUCAUUUUGCUCUGCAGACGCGGUAGUUUUACUGCUUUAACGUCUCGGUCUGAUUGUAUUUCCAUGAAGUAAUGAUCAUAAAUGUUCUUCCUUGAGCUGCGUCACCCCGCUGUAGUCCUUAAUGGACUGGUUGAGGUCUCGCUACAAACAAGCGUCUUCUGGAAGAGAGUAGGUGAGUCGUGUUUAGUCUCUUUGCUAAAGAAAUCAGGCAAAGUUAAACAGAUGUUUGGUGGUUAGUACUAUGGCUGGGACCCCAUAUGUACUGUUGAUAAAGUUAGGCGCUGUUCUGAGCAUUAUUUGUGGCUAAAGAGUGGUGUUUUACACGAACUGCGCUCUGUAUUGCUAUCCUGCGGUUGUUACCAAACUUGGUAUAACUAGAGAAGCAAGCCGUCGGCAACAUUCAUCUCUUGAGGGGGUGUCUAACUUAGUGUUACAGUGUGUUUGACCCUAAAGUAAUUUUAUGCCGGAAUAUCCCUUUAACAGUUUGCAUGUAAAACAAACUAUGGGCCUCUGACAUCUUCGUAGGAGGAUGCAGAGUUAAAAGAGGUCGUGCAUACUCUCUGUGCAUCAGCUGCGGUGCGUGUAAGUCUUAAGCAGGGGUCAGGAAUCACUGCUGCACACUACGAAAUGGAGAAAAUCUAUAGUGUUGUUAGUGUGCAGUUGUAUAGUGGCAGAUAAUGUUGGCAGGGAGGCAGAGCAGCAGGUGUUCAGGCAGCGGGACAGAUUCAUACAUGUGUGCAAGACAAAUGGCCGAGCUCAGCUGGGGAGACUGAGCGACACCUGGGAGGGUUAAUGCAGACACAUGCAACAACAAUGCAAGCAUGAAGAAGAAGAAGAAGACAACGACUUAAUGGACAAAACAGAGGUUUUUCAUGCUUUCUCAACAUGUAGGCUUUGGUGCUUUAACAACCUGGAGCUAUUUUCAUCUCCACAUUAUAUGCUUUAUAUAAACUAACAGCAAACGCCUCAUAGAAAUGUCUCUCCAGGAGGCGUAAGCAGCGCUGGCAGUUAAAGUGUUAUUUGCUUAUGUUGUGUAAGUUCCUUAAACACAUCACUGCACUCUCUCGCUGUAAGUCAGACCCUCUCGCGCAAACUCUUAAUUAAGAACAACAAGCGGCAUCAUCCAUUUAAUAAACACGACCAUAAUGAAGUGAAGAUCCCAUCGCUGGAGCUUCCUGGAGAUCAGUGUUAUCUUUAGUGUUACCUCACUGUGUAUCAGCAGAAAAACAACAAUAAGAGGAGCCAAUAAAAGUGUCACAGAGAUGUUUGGACAGUCCCUGCUCUCCCCCUCACAUCCUGUUUUAACAAGCGAUAACACCAGAUUGAGGAAGAAAAUGCACUUUGUUUUCCCGCUGAUUAAAUAUUAGAAAAAAUAUAGUGAGUAUGCAUUUUUUUGGCUCGGCGCGCAGCAUCGGUUCGAGCUUUGUGAGGGUUUUAUUGGCCGUCGAAAUGGUUUUGAAUCUAACACCGAACGAGUCUUUUAAUGAAAUAAAAUCUGUGCACACCCUCUUCAUUUGUUUUGUUUCCGUUUUUAUUAAGUUACUGCACUCGCUGCCUGGAAAGCCGGCAGAGGUUCAGCUGUUUAUCAGUGGGGGUUUCUUAAUUACGACAUCCGAGGAAGCGGGUCGGAAAAGCCCCCGAAGGGCCGAGAUACACUGAUGUGAAGCCGGGCUGUCAGGGCUGCAGAGCGCCCAGGAGCAGAACGGACCCGGCUAUUUAGGUUACUGUGAUUCAGGAAAUGUCUCCCGUUAACCCUGGAAUCAGAACAUCCUGUCCUCGUAUUUUCUCCUCCUCUGCUCCUGCUUUGGAGCGAAAACUUACUCUGUGUUGUUUACCGCUUCAUGAUCACUCUCCACCUCGCAGGGUUUUAUUUUUUCCCACAAUCGGCCUCUGAUGUCUCGCUGCUUGUUUCGUCUUCGGAGCUGCAGCUCUGAUGCUUCUGUCGUCUGCUGGUGCUGUCACUUGCUGCGGGGACUGAGCCCAGUUUGAUUUAGCUUCUGAAAGAAAAGCAGCGAGAUGUGCCGCAGGAUUUGAAGUGUGAAAGUUAAAAAAAAUCUUUGGGUCUAUGUGUGAUCGUCACCUUCAGACACAGCAGACGUUUUCAUGGUGGAACGCUCAAACAGCUUCGUUCCUGCUUUUAUUUCUGAUGAGUCAUUUUUACUUCACUGCUUCUGUAUGGAUAAGCAGUUGGUAAAUACCGGUUCUGGAUGGUGCUGUUGAAUUUGUCCUUGACGGUAGUUUUAGAGGUUAAUGUGUACAAAAGCUUUUUUGCCUCUAUCUAAGACCCACCCGCAAAAAACAAGAUCUGCAUUAAUAAUCUAGGUAUUUGCCACACUCAUCAGCCAAAAAGAAACUGAAGGGCAUGAUUGACGAUCUGAGAAGCAGUUGAAAAAUACUGAGCCGUUGAGGCAGAUUUGAAAAAGUGUCCCACCCCCCACACACAAACCUCUCCCCUCUGUGCUCCACGAUAACUCCCCUCAAACCUGUAUCGCCGUCCCCACGACACACCCCCUCUGGCAGAGCAAGAAGCCGGCCGGCAGAAGAUCCUACGCUAGCUUCAAAUAGGAUUCACCAUGUCUGAUUGCUAGUGACUAGGGUUGGGUAUUGUUUGAUUUUGAACGAUUCCGGUUCCAAUUCCGAUUACUCGUUUUGAUUCCGGUUCCUAACAAUUCUCUAUUCCAGUUCUUUUUAUAAGCAGGAUGUUAAAAAAAUGCAUGGUUUAAAUUAGGGUGCUAACCGGAGUUUAACAGAAUUUCUGAACUUCUGCAUGAAUUUUUGAAUUAUAUUAACUUUUUAAGAACUUUACUACUUUAUCCCUGUCUCUCUUCUCUCUCUGUGUGGCUUUGUCUCAUACGCUUUGUCCUCGUUGGUGUUCGGCAGCUUCUUCUUCGUUGGUGCUUAGCAGCAUCUCCCUCGUUGGUGUUCGUCGGCUAUUUCUUACGGGAGAAUCAGAAUGUUAGUCCCUGUCCCCAUCGAUGCUCGAAGCUCGAUGCCCAACCCUACUAGUGACUCUUUUGCCUCUGAUUGGCUAGAAGUGCUGGGCUGCGUCCGGGAUGUAUGGCUCCCGUUGGUCAAUGUUUUUGCAGCCCUGCACCUGCUAUGGUGAACAGAUCGCACCAUAGGACUCUGAUCGCCAUAUAAACCAGGUUCAUAAUAAUUACCAAUCUCUCCAAUCGUCAACCAUGCCUUUAAAUUGGUAAUACAUAGGUCAAAGGUCGUGACAGUCCCCCCCUGUAUGAAGAGGAGUUUCUGGAUUAAAAUGAUACGAGUGUAUUGGGUUUAUGAGAUUUUUAGCCGAACAGCAGUGUGAUGCUCUCGUUCCUGCAGGCUUCAUUCUGUAAACAGAACACACCCACACACACACUCACACACACACACACACACACACACACACACACACACACACACACACACAGAGUCACACUAGUACACACUCUUACACAGAUACACACAUCUGUGGCCUCCCUUUUCUCUGUCCUUCUGUCAGAUGAGUCCAUAUGGCAGCUGUCAUGUUGCCUGCUCUCUUUCUAUCAAAGUCAGAUCACGGCUGCUCCCAGCUCCUCUGUCAGCUGAUGUUAUAUAUACAGUGUGACUCUGAAUGAGUGUGUGUGUGUCGUAGGAAAUAGUAUACGCGCUGUGCAUCCUUCAGUAAUGCAGAAUUUCAGGUUUAAUCAGGCAUCGCAGACGACGCUGUACUGUACACCGCUGCAGGCACAGAGCGUAUGAAAUAAAAAUACUCCCUGACCUCUGUGCUUCAAUCAAAACUUCCUCGUUAUCAAACAGCCUUUGCAAGUUUCUUCAUUGCCAUACAUAGAAAGUCAUCAUUUCUGCACAUCAGGAGUCACUGUUGGAGAUUCAAAAUACGCUUUAGUGCUGUAUGUUUCAACUAAAAUUAAAGGGAAUAAACAGACAAACUUGAAUCUCCCAAAAUCAGCUCAAUAAUAUUCAACAUGCACACUGUUUGGUUUGUUUCACUACAAUAUUUCUUACAGUGUGCAUGUUGCUGAUCUCUUUCAGAGGCGAUGUUAGACUCUCACUCUGCCGACUUUUCUCGCUCUUCUGCCCUUGAAAACAAGUUGAAUUUAUUAGAUUUAAGGACGGCCUCUUGAGAUGCGGGAUUUCUUUUUCAAGGAGGUAUUUGUAUGAGUUUGUCUAACAGGUGACCUCUCCUGCCCCAAAUACCUUCUUCUCUGAAAAACACGGUUUACUUGUUGUCCAGCAUUAAGUUGAAGUAACACAAUAGAAGCACUGGUUUCUAGGGCUGGGCGAUAAAAUUUUAUUUACUGAUAUUGAAAUUUACGACAAUAACCAACAUCAUUUUGCCCAUGUCAAUAUAUUCAAUGCCAAAAAAUAAAUAAAUGAAAGUUGGUUUUGGAUGUGUGUAGGUAGGCUAUGGUCUCAUGUCCCUUUAAGACGCUGUGAGGAGAUGGAGGACGGUUCAAAAGUCGUAGUGGCUGGAGCAGCAGCUAAAGUAGAUGUUAAUGUGGGAGGGGGUGAACAGCUUGUGGAGUAGUAAUCGUCCAUUUAUCGUUAUCGAGGUGAACUGAUGUUGAUUUGAGACCAUAUCGCCCAGCCCUACUGGCUACCGACUUUGGAGCAUGGCACAUUCUAGCAAUUGGGCGUAUGUCUGCCAUCAGAGCAAAAAAAACCACUGAUUUAAUUGUUUUAGUGAUUAAUAAGUACACCUUUUGUUUUUGGGUUUGUUUGAAAUGGUUUAUCUGACUUCUAUUAACAAAACGAUUUGUUGCCUGGUCAUAAUCCGAGCCGAGAACGGCCUGACUGAUCCAACAGAUCAUAAAAGUAAACACUGGUCAACCACAAGUUGCUGUAAGCUAACUUAAUAUUCAAACACACAUGGCACCUGAAGAAAGAAGGUGAAAUUAACCAGCCUAAAUGUACCUCUAGUUGCUGCUAUGAACAAAAACAUGAUGUUGUUUAACCAAAUAUUCCUUUAUGCAGAUGAUACCUUUAAUUACUUUUCAAAGACCUGAGUUUUCUCAUUUUUAACCAGAAGAAAACUGUGUAUUUGAACCACAACUCUCUUGAUUUUCAUAUACCACGACAUAAACACACUGCACCAUCUCAGUAAUAUAAGCAGGGCAGCUUGCAGCUUAAAUGACCGAGGUUGCACAUCUUGCAUUGUUAAUUUUUGCACAUGCACACAUCGCAUUAACAGUACAAAAGAACACAAUCCUUCAGAUUUAUUCUUAUGCAGACGAUACUCCGUUAUACUUUUCAAAUGAGCAGUGUGUUUUGCUUAUGGUCUCAUCAGUUUUGCUGAAGGAUUAUGGGAAUUAUCAAGCUGAUGGUUGAUCUAAAGAAGUUUGUAUUUGAGGAGUACAGUCCAAACCUUGUUUAUAUCAAGAUCUUGUUUUAAACAGUUGACUACAAAGUUGUGUUUUUCUCUUUCAGAUUGAACCCCUGGAUAUGAACCUGUGAAAAAAGAAAGAAGAAGACCUGCAAGAAGCAAAGAAACGCUGGAUCUCUUCUGGACUGUUCCUGCACCACAUCUGAGGGAUUUUCUCAGCUGCUUUCUAAGCUCCUCACAAACUAUUGCUCCUCCUUUUUUUAUUGUUUUUACGUCCUCGUCUUCGUUGGGAUAGAGGUUAAAGGCCUCUCUUCUUUUCUAUCUUCUGUUUUGAUCUAAGCAAGACAACAAAAAAAAAGAAACAGUGCCAAACGGACCAAGAGAAGAAGGAAAAUCUAUUAAAAAAAGUCUUAAUUUAGUCAUAAACCUUGAAAAUUUUGGCUUGAUUUCCCUCCUGCUCACCAAAACAAAUUCCAUCAUCCUGCAUUAUCCCAUUAAAAUCUCCUUUAAUCGUCUUGGCAUAUUGAAGGGGAGUUUUAGAAAGCAGAACAACCGUAAAACUUAAUAUCCGUUGUCUUCUAGUCGGUGUUUGUAUAGCUGCUGCUCUUGAUGCUGAAGCUGAGCUAGUUUCCUUAAGAGGACGAUGAUCAGUGCAUUAUUGGUUCCAAGUGCUUUAUAAACCCCACAGCUGACGGUCGGCUUCUGACGGGCAACACGACCACGUCUAACCUGAAGGACAAAGGCACCACCAACACCAACACUGCUGCUGCUGCUGCUGCUGCUGCUGCUUCUGCUGCUAUCUCAAAGGCUUGGAGAUAAACUGUCGCCUGAGUCUGCGCUGUGAAACACUGUUGACACUUUGCCUAUCUCCUUCUCCUCCUUCUUCUUCUUCCAGUCGCUUCUGUGAGAGAAACCUCUCGCUCUUCGCCGUCUUCUGUUUCUUCUUCCACACGUGGCGCCGACUCACGCCACAACAAACGCCCCCUUUAUCUAAUCCCAGUGACCUCUCUGAACCUUUUUGCAUUCUUCCUUUUAAUCUACUGAAAACAUGCAAUUUAAAAACUUUCACUGUAUUUAAAUUUGUUGCAAAAGGAGAAAAGAAGUUUGUAAAAUCACAAAAGAACAAAGCCAUACUGUACACCAGCCAUACCGAGCUUUCACAUCCAAACCCAGAGUAUUCGAGAAGCGAUCCAUUCAGGGUUUCACACGUUUAGACUAAAGAACAGGUUUGUAACUUUUUCUACUUUCGUCUUUCUGGAAAAAAAAAACGAAAUCUGCGACUAGACGUGCGGUGCGGUUUCAAGUGUGGCAGUGAAACGUGACCACGCCAGGUUCCCCGUCAGUCGUCCUGUACUCCUCUGCGUUGACGGAUGAAUCCGGACAGUUUCAUGUCUGUUCUGUGGGCAGAACCUCGCUGCCCUGCUAGAACCGGGCCCAAGCCCUCUUUUGUUCUCUUCUGUUGGGCCAAGCUAAAUUCAGAGCAAAGACACUCACACAAGGGUAUCGAACGCACAUAGAUCUCUCCGUUUUUUUUCCCUUCGGAUUGUUUUCUCUCUUCUGUGAAUGCCUUGACGUGCUCAUUUACUAAACUCAGAAGUCUGGAGGUUUGAUGCGGCUGAAUGCGUCAUCUAAAAGCUCCUUUACCGCCGCUGUCCGCAACUUCUAAAUUUGAAAAGUGAAAAACCAAAACUUCAAGCAAACUGACCUUUACUGACUCUUCCUCUGAACUGUGCGAAACAAAGAGAGCCCGUUUGUUGGGCGCAUAAUGUAGAAGGAAUACAAAUUUCAGUCACAGCUUUUGCCAAAUUCAGACCAACUUCCUCUCAGCUUGUUCGCUAAACAAAGCCGAGCUCUCUAAAGCUGCCAGCACUGUUGUUUACAGACGAGACAGAGUUAAAACAUUUGGUUCAUUUCGAAAACUUGAUGUUUUCCAUGUUUGAUUUUACACACCAGGACUACAGAAGUGCCAAACACACCCCACAUUUGUUGCAGCUCAUAAAACAAAAGUUUACAUACAGCGCUAAAUGUUUACAGACUAUAUUUUCCAUUGCAGCUUUUCGUACGUGAAUUGUAACAUUCGUGCCAUAAAAGAAACUUUUCACUAGGAGAUAAGAGACUUGAUUUGGAGGGGUCAUUUUGUUAAGAGUUUACAUUCAUGUUUACAGAAAAUGUAAAAAAUUUACUGCCUAUUUUCACGAUUUUCAAUUCUUUGGCCAACGGACUGUAAAACACCAACAGACCAAAAUUAAGUAUCAGACACCUGCUGCCAUAAAAUCACAUUAAUCUAUAUUUAUAAUUAGUUGAAUUUGAUUAUAUUGAUUAUUUCCGAUCAAAAGCCAUUUCACAGGCAGUUCGGACAGAGCCGAAAAAACUCCGAAAGACCUCAUUGUUUACAAAAGCUGCUUGAGAGACGGAUUUGUAUUCAGAGAGAAAUGUUUACAAUACGGUGAGAGACUGAAAUGCCAAACACCUUCAUGAUACAUCGCCUGAACUCCGAGAGGAAACCUUUGCACCUGAGCAGGAUUACGUCAUCGGACUGGAGUUAAACUUUUCAUACGAGACAAUUUUUUCAAAUUGGUCGCUGAUUCUUCACAGCGCUUUACGAGCUUUUUCUUUUUCAUAACGGCUCGAGAACUUUAGGCUAAAACAAUGAAAGUCGCAGCUCCAAGCGGGAUGUUUUGCUUGUCCCUUGUCCUCCUAUAUUUUUCCACCUGCCUCGUUGUUUCCACGGUUACCAUCACCACGGAGCGGCGUGCUGUUGAUGGCGAUGUCAGGACUCUGACCGGCAGCAGUAGCUCGGCUGCAGCUGGUAAAAGAAGCACCACCUUGUUCCUCCUGACCGGCUACAAACCUCCACUCCCCCCGCUUCCCGCCGGGCCCAGAGUGGCCCCGAAAGCCGCCGAGGUGGAGGACGGCGAUGAUCAACCAGUGAUGGCCGAGCUCCCCCCAAAGCCCCUCCCUCAGACCAUGUUGCCAAGAAAUAUGACUGCAGACGCCCUGAAGCCCCCGCUCGGUGCAGCACAGGUGGCGCCACCUCCGAGACAGCUGGUGGAUGUGGACGUGUGCAGGUAAGACCAGAACGAAUGGAUGUCCAAAGGUGGUUGUGAUCCUGCUCAAGUUGUUUGUGAUCCAUCUUCCCAUAUAAGAGCAGGGUUUAAAUCUGGACCUCAGUGUAAAUGCUGCUAGUGUUGGGAAAUAAAAGUCUUUUUAGUGAUCCAGGUCAAUGAUCUCAGCAAGAACUGACCCCUUUGUCUCUUUAGAGCCGAGUUGAGUCCUUCACAACCUUCACAGACCCUCCACCUGAGUCUAGAUACUGUCUGCUGCCACAGUGCUAUGUUUCUGCAGUGAGGUCAAAUAACGCAAAAAAACCCCAAAACUUUUCUGACAAGUUUCAAACUAUUCUCCUAACCUUUUUUUUCUUUUUUUUAAAUAGAAUUUAUUUGAACAUGAACAACAAUUAAAUAUAGUACAUUAAUUAAAGACAUAAACAAACAAAAAAAAAACAAAGAAAACAAAACCAAAGUCAAAUAAUUUAAACUUUAUUUCUAAAAUUUAAAUUCCUUUUUUAAUUUUCCUCACUUAAAGACUUUUCUGUGGUUUCGAAACGAGCUGCACAUAAAAAUAAGCAAAAAUUAAUACAAAAGAGGCCGUUUUUGACUCAUCCGUGUGCCACAUAUACAGAAUCUCAGUCUUCACUGCACUGGUUUUGGAUCAAACUUCACUUCAGCCUCUUUGGUCCUUUUUUUCUGCCUGUUUUUUUACUGUUUUAUCUUCAGCCUCCAACUCUGUAUUUAAUCAAAAUCGAAGCAAAGUAGAUAAUAGACAAAAUAAUAAGUAAACAUAAAUUUUUGAAGCACAAACUGCUUUCACUACCGUAAUAUCUGUAAUAUAAGUCGCACUGGUAUGUAAGGUGCAGUAAAAAUAGUUUUCACAGUUUUCCUUCAGAUUUCUAGUAGGGCUGCAACCAACUGAAGAAAUUGUUGGUCAACUAAAACCCUGACGACGCGGCUCCACGUAGCGCGACUCCGUGGGGUUAAAAUAUACUGACAUCAGCACAAGAAGGCAAUUUAACACAAAUAUUACGUUCAGCAAACAACCAGACGUUGAUUAACGUGGACGCUCUGCAAUCUUCCAGCUGGUCUCUAGUGGGUUGGGCGUAUCCAAAAUGGAGGAAACAAGGGGGAUGUUCUGAGACAGGCUGUCACCUGUGAAACGGGGGUGCUCUGGAAACACCUCCAUUAGCACUUAAUCGAGUCAACCAAUCAGAAUUUUGGUCGACUCUGCACGCAUCGACCAAUAAGUCAACCAGUCGACUAGAACUUUACUGCCCCAAUGUCUAGUUCUGCCUAACACCAUCUUUAUGCAUAUAUAUCCAGCGGCCACUUGCUUCCUUGAGCGCCAUCUUUUAGUUCACACAGCUGAAAACCUUCCUCUUUAUUAGUACAGCAGGUAUAUUAGUCACUCUGUUGUAAAAGAGAAAUCCUGAAGGCUCCUAAAGAGCUUCUUAGACACCAAUCUUCCUGUAUUUCUUAUUAACUUGUUUAUUGAAAUCUACAGUUGGAGUUAGUGUCCUCCAGACUGCAGAGAUAACUGAGAUACACGAGUGAACAGAGAUGUAAAAUCCAGGUGAAGACGUCUCUACUCCCUCGGUACAAAGCGGUUGGUUAGAAAUCAGCGUGAAACACAAUCUAUGAGCCUUAGGUGUGUUGUACCGACUCAGUUCAGUCAAUCUUUACAGGCGUUCGGUUUCCAUCAGAGGGUCUUGAUCUCCUUUAUAGCGCGGCUUUAUUUCCAUCUCUGAAACGCGUUGAUCACAGUGGACGCUAUAAAAGCGAAGCGCAUCAUGAUUCUUCUCCUGCUGCAGCUCUGAUCUCCAUCUCACUGGAGAUUAUAUUUUGCACUGAGAGGCGUCUUGCUGUUUCUAGGCAACAUGUAAUCAGGUCUAAAUCAGUUGUGUGGUGGCAAAGCUACACACACCAACAACAGCUACGUCCAGGCAACACAAAGCAGCACCAUCAGAUUUCGAACCUACAUGAACAUAAAAAUAACCUAAUUUGUGGUCGUCUAACAGGGUUUUUAAUGUUUUGUCUCUGUUUGUGUUAUUUUUCCUCUAUUAUUGGUGUAAUUGUUAGAAAUACCUGAAGGAAACACAAGCUGAUGAGAGCUUUAAAGCAGGGAGUUGAACCUCACUCUUCAUCGUAUGCACAUGGCGCCCAUUUCUUUCUGCAGCACAAAGAGUGGGAGGCCGAACAGGGCUCUACUGCUGUGUAACAAGUUGUUUAAAUGUAUGAGAAAAGGAUCAUGUCAAAUUUACCCGGUACACAGUGAUUCGACACUGAAACAGCGUUAGUAGUGUAAAAAAAAGACACCAUGAUCGACUUCAUGCUGAUAGACUUCUGCGUCUUUGACCUUUCCUCUCUUCAGGGGUUACUUCGACGUCAUGGGGCACUUCGACAGCACGUUCAACUGCUCCAAAGGCAGCUACAUCUACUGCUGCGGCACCUGCCACUACCGCUUCUGCUGCGAGCACCAGAGGAACCGGUUAGAUCAGGAGUCCUGCAACAACUACCACUCCCCGGUCUGGGCCGACCCGCAGGUACCGGUCACCGUACCCGCGAGCACACCUGACACCAGCUUCGAGACGCUGCAGCAGCAGAACAGCAGGUCAGAGUCCGGACGGAGUUGCAAUCUCAGUGUUGUAUAUUUCUGAAUCUGAAUCUUUUUCCUUUGUGCAACAAAAUAUUCCUUUGAUUACAAAAUUAGCUCAUUUUUAUUUAGACUAAAACCAAAUAAUAAAGAUAUUUCAGCUGAUAUAAAGGUGGAUAAAGGGCCUCCUAAACUACAAGAUACUCUGCUGAUCAGCUAUUUUACCCUUUCUGUUUCCGUUAAAAACAGUACGGGCUACGUGAUCGGAGGGGUGAUCUCCUUCACGCUCGUCGUGGCCGUCGGCGUGAGGAUCGGCUUCAGCAAGGUGGCUCGCCGGCCGCGGAACAGAGACGUCAACAUGCCCAGGUGAGACCGCAGGAGGAUCAGGGAAUUAGGACAUGAGUUCAGAUCAGGUCUCAGAUACCGUAUUUUCUGGACUAUAAGUCGCACCAGCCAAAAAAAUGCAUAACGAAGAAGAAAAAACAUAUGUUGGUAUGAGUCGCAUUUUUGGGGGGAAAUUUCCCUGAGCAUCUCCGUUUCUAUCUAACAUGGUGUCGUUUUCGUCCUCCUGCUCUCAUCCCUCCGUUCACCCUCUGCUGUGUCAGAUCACUGGUGGAUAUCUUGCGUCACCAGUCGAGUCCGGUGCAGCAGGGAGAGAGGAACAACACAUCCAUGUUGACCAGCACCGGGUCGGACGGUCGGGUAUCCAAGAACCACUACACCCCCAUCCUUCAGAGCAAGGACAACCGCAGUAAGUGAUGAAACUACAGCGAGACAGACAAAGAAACCAUCAUGAUUACACAUUUAUUCCCAACCACACUGACUUUUAGAGGGUAUCUGUAUCUCUGAGGAACUUAGGGACACAUACGCUGAAUAUCAACAUGUGGAGUUAUGUAAACCGAGGCUUAAAUGACUUAAAGUUGAAUUUCUGCAUCAGAAGUUGUCCACUUUUCUGCAUACUUGUUCUUAUUGAAAAAGUAAGUCUGUCCACUGUGUCAGCUUUUUCCAGUCUGGGAAAUCUCUCUGCAUUGACUCUCCAUCAGUCUGUCAGCUUUGUAUCAAGUAAUGUGGUCCUGUAAAAAGUUCUCAACCUUCACGUCUUGUCUUCAUCGCUCGUGGAGGCGUGGCUGCAGCCUCGGCUUAUCGUUUCUCCUGUGCACAACACCUUCAGCCAGUUAGUUUACAAACUCUAAACUUCUAACACCACCCUGAAAGCUGAACGGAUUAUGAUCAAACCACAUAGUACUUGUUCUAAAAGAUGCACGUUAGCUCAAACUUAAAGCUAAGUUUAAUCUCUGAAGUAUUUUUGUAACUUUUUCAUCUCUGUCGGAGGAUUGAAGCCGAAUCAAAUCACCCUUGAAAAGUUUAGGCACUUCUCUUCAAGGUGAUCGCAGCUUUGACUGGAGCUGAAAAGUGUUUUUUAAUUCAAUUGUUUCCUCUUCCACCUGAGGCGGCCCACUCCUGACAGCUCCGGGCCGCUCCUGAUGAGAUGAAAACGCUUCUGUCAUGAACGAAUUACAGUUUGAUCAAUCAUAUUUCUCCCGUUCCUGAUAAAAUAAAAUAAAAAAAAAAGUUGCACAGACAUUUGACAAACAUCGAAACUCUAAAGCGCUGGUGAAAGUGUUUGUUUUCUUCCUGUUUGUUGAGUUUGUUAACAAGUAAAAACACACAUUUCUCGCUAUCCUGUCCGCUCUUAUUCUCUGCUGUUCUGUCGAUCUGUCUCUCACCUACUUUGGACUGAACUCUCGUUUCAGUCUCUCCAGGAUUUUGAGGAAACAUUUGGUAGCUUUGCAGAACUUUGAGGGUUUUAGCUGCAAGAAAAUCACUCAGGGAAUUCGCCCAACUUUGGUGCAAAUACGAGGAUUGAAAGAAGUCGGAUUAUUUUCUGUUUUCCUCUUUCUUCUUGUCAAAGAUGCAGGACUCUGUUUUAACCGUUAAAACUCUAAAUUUCAUCAAAUUCAGAAAUAUUAAGAGUUGUGUAAAUAUGUGCCACUAAGUUAAACUAAUCCGCUUUCCUGGAGGGACUCUCUCUCUCUCUCUUUCUGUCCCUCUCUGUCCUCUCUCUCUCUCUGUAUACUGACACAAAUGCUUACUCGACACGCAGCUCUGUGUCUCAGGAGUGGUUGUCCAUCAGUUUGUCGGCUCUGCUCUCUUUGCAGCUGGGAACUUGCACCACCAUUUUAACCAGCAGGGGUCUGCUUCCAGCCCCAAACACUCUGCUACCAUCGGUAAGCCUGAGGGGGUCAGCAGCUCAGAGCAGCACAGGGUCCACCGAGCCUCACUGCUGCCACACUGUCUGUCUGUGUCCAUGUUGGUAUGACGGCCUGCUGUCCUGCACUCUUCCUGCAGAUGUGUCAUCGCCAACACAACCAUAAACCACAGAAUAAUCACGUAAUUAGACGUAUACUUCCCCUGUGAGAUAUAUCUAUAUUUUCAAAUCUCUGAAAUGGAGCAAAUACUGGCGAAUAUUUGAUAAGCACUUGGUCAGAAAUACAUAAAAACUAAAAACCUGAAGCAUGAGAAACAGUUUUAUGAAUAUUUUAACAUCUGUCUCUGCUGGAGAGCAUCAGAGGAGCUCUGAUUUUAUUGAAAUGGCUUUUAUAAAACAUUAACAUGAUUAUCCUCCAGGUUCUUUUUGGAGAGGAGGAAACCGAAACUUCUUAAUUUUAGAUUUUUACCUGCUAAAAAAGCUCAAUAUCAGUGAAUACUUCAGGAGUCUCUGCAUGAAAAAGCAGAGUUCUCAGAAAAGAGCUUAUUUGUAGCCUCCAGACUGCGUAAUCAAUUAGUUCAAAAAUCCACUUAUUGCAUUAGUGGGACUGAAACUGGACCUGUGAAAUAUAUAUAAACAUGUCGGUGUGAGUGAAGUUGCGCUGAAUCGAGCUUCUCUUAGUGGGACUGACAUUUGUAGAUUACAGAGUGAGGGAUCGAAUUUCUCCUCUGUGUGCACGCUCUGUUAGACUGAACCUGGUCGAGGUGUUGCACCUGAAACUGCAGUUCCUUGAGUGUCCACUAGAGGCUGGCUGCAGAAGCUCCUAAAGCCACAUACACACCAGGGCUCGACAGUGCGACCAUUUCACUCGCAUUUGUGACUGAAAAUAGAUAUGUGGGAAUUGUAAAAUGUAUUUAGGGGCACAUGUGCGCAUAAAAAAAUCAGCCGAGGCAUCAAAGUUAGUUUUAGGUUGGAUAUUCAAUGGACAUUCACUGCAGAUCUUUGGUGUCUUCUUUCUCUCCAUAACUGGGAAUAACAACCACAACAAAUCUACUCGGCAUCCUCGCUGUCAACGUCGGGUGUUGAAUAAGGGACCGUCAAUAAAUUACCGUUUGAUGUUCUCAGAAAAAGCUGUUUUCCUUCAACAGCUUCCAUGUCAUGUGACCAACUGACUAAGGUACUAAGGUCGGACAAUAAGACACACCUCUUGAUUUCCCUAAUUUGUCCUCAUAAAUUUUGUGUGUUAAAUUUAAAGGCAAAUUCUGAACAUUUUGCACACUAAUUUAAAAAAAAAUUAUCAUUAGAGGAAAAAUGAAUAAAAAGUCUUUAUUGAAGGUUUAUUCUGAUCCUGGUUUUAGGAUCGGGGUUCUCUCUAUAUCUUUCUACUUUACAUGGUUGUGUUGGAGAUGACACGUUUGUAAUAAGACUGUGAGCUUCAAAAUUGUCUGGCCCGCCCUCUGCUUAAUGCAAACCUGUCUGCUCCCCACCACCACCACCACCACCACCACAAGCCUGCUCCCAAAUGUGCCUCCUGCUCCUCCUCCUCCUCUUCUUCUUCUCUCUGUGACGCAGUGAUCCGACCCCGCUUACAGCUGACACUAAACCCUUCCAGAGGUCUUGGCUUAAGCGCGGUCACUGCACCCACCUGAGUCUGUUAUCUAAAGGCGUCAGACCAAGAGAACAAAAAAAAAAGCAAUGCUAGCACACAGGAGUUACAUACGAACGCCAAACCAACCCGCACACAAAAGCAGGAAUCUCCGAGUGAAAGAUGUUGGAGUGCAGCUAACACAACUGCUUGUUUCUGCUGUUUCUGUGGAAAUAUGAUGAAGCGGAAAAGCUUGAUUUUCAGUGAACUUUCGGAGUUGUUUCAGUGCCUGUUAUUCCAAGCCAUUACUCCCACAUGCGUCCCUCGGGAAAUGAAUUAUACAAGAAGGAAACAGUGAAGAAUGAAACAAGUUGGAGCGCAGUGUGAAUUAAAAACUUGGUUUGAAUUAUGUGUGCCGCAAGCGGAUUACCGCUGAUAUCCACCAGCGAGUCAAAAUCAAGAACAUAAGACAUGCAAAAAAAAAGUUAUUUACAGACAGAACUGAUGAAAACAAGAUCUGUAGGUGUUGGAAACCAAAGUACAGCUAAAAAGGCAAGAAGUGAGUUAUUAAAAAAUGGUACUUUUUAGUUGGAUUUUAAAUUUGUGGAUUUAUAAGCCAAGGAGGUGAUUUGGAGGUUAAAUCCUUAAGGGACCGCAAUACCCAGAAUGCCAUGGGAGGGAAAAGAGGCAAUGCUUUUGCAAAUAAUGCUGCAUUCCAGUUACCUCCAAAGUCGGAUGUCGGAGCUGGUAAUGACGUUACACCCGAGUUUACGAUAUUCCAGUUACAAAGUCGUGAAACAAAGAUGGAUGCCAACUGUUAGCCGUUGUUAGCUGUAGUUAACAAUUGUCAGCUGUCGUUACCCGUUGUCAGUCGUUGUUAGUGGUUAUCAGUGUAAGCUAUAACAGUUGUAUACAAGCAUAACACAGUAUUUUACUCUUACAAACACCACAGCACAGUGUUCACAGUGAGAUGUUGGGCAGUACAACAUAUACUGUACCACUUAUUUAAUUUCACAAAAACAAAACAGAAAUGCUAAUAAAAAACACAUUACGUUGUCGACAAGUCGGGGUUGGCGAGGAUCGUUCGACUUUCCGAGUCCAGACUCGUGUCUCAUCUUUGGUUUUUACAUUGAGCCUCAUCAGAUGGAUUAAAACUGAUCAAAUCUGCCUGUUUAGUUUAAACAAGAGUCUGUUGUGUCUCUUCUGAGCAGUCAGCGUUUGAGUCCAGAUCUAAGGAUUGAUUGAGAUGUUGAUUGAUCUUGCAGGCAGCUCUUUUUCUGAUGAUGCUGCAUUGGCUGCGGUGGUGCUCCGUCUUGUUUACUUGUUGCUUUUAGCUGUUUUGCAUGCACCACUAUCAACUGCAACUCAGCCUCAGAAAAAUUAUAAUUUAGAUGCACGUGCGUGGGAUAAAAACAUGCACAAAGUUAUUAGCAGUUACAUUUGUCUGUCGUUUCUUUCUAUUAUAACAAAUCAGACUUUAAAAUUACACGACAAUUUAGUUUGAAGAUUUAGUUUGUUUUUGUCACGUUUUAUAAGUACCAAAUGUGUGUCAUUGGCUGUUUAAGUUCACUCAGAAUUAACUAUUAAAAGCUUUGGUCAUGAAUCAGAUCCAGAGAAACUGAUUUAGCUUUUUUUCCCCGUCCCUCCUGUCCUCUCUCUUCCUGUGUUUGAUAAGGUUAAAAGCCUCCUGGGAGGAUAGAAGAACAGAACACUUCAGCUCUCUGAGUCAGAUACUGCGCUCACAAAAGUUUGUUCCUCCAUGAAACCGUCAUCAAACCUCUCUGUAGGAGUUCCAAAAAAUCAAUGACCCUUACACUCUUGGAAAUGACUCGGCUAAUUCUGUAUGAUGGCGCGGAAAAUAAAUAAAUAAAAAAGACAGAAACACACUUUCAGCUCAACAUUUGGUACUCUGAUAUUCUGCAGCCUCAGAGCUAGCAUUGCUUUUCCCCCUCACUGUGUGUGUGUGCAGAAGUCGAUGUGUGUUCCCUGGGUGACGCUUAACAGAGACAUUAUGGGACAUGAUUGCCUAUUACUGUCAGCGGUCAACGAGUAGAUAUGUCCAGCAGUUAUCUUAACAAGAUCUCAGCCUAUAACAGUUCCCACCCUGAAUGGACUCGACAUUGAUUUUGUCCGUCUGAAAGUCAGGAAAUCGCAGCGAAUGGACCAUUUUUCCACAGUAAUGCAAUCUUUCACUGCUGCUGUUAUUGGCAUUUUUAAACUUUCCUCACCUCUUUUCUCUUCUUAUGAAUUAACAUCAACAAAUCAACCAGUUUUGAUCGAUUUAGCACCAAAUGGUCAAAGUUAUCUCAGAAUGCUUGACGUUAACCGACCAUCAGAAAGACACUUCCUUUUUGUCGGGUAGAAACCUUGAGCAGGACCGCACGCAUGUUGGACAGCCAUCUGCCGUGAAGAAAGAGAUGGAUCAAGAAAAAAAAACACCAAAUGUCAGCAGGGUGAUGGUAAUAAAAAUGAGAAGAAUAUUAAUAGUUGUAAAAGUCGGGGUCAAGAAGGUCGGUGGAAACAGGAGGUCUGAAGCAAUCAUCACCAGAAACCUGCAAGACAAGGGAGCUCGGAAACUUCUGGGGUCGUAUGUGGUUUCAAACUAAAAAUGAAGAUCUCAAGUUAGUCACUUACAUUAAUUCGUCAUUAAUAUUCAUUUGGGGGGCUGUCCAGACUUGUCUGGCUGUGUCCGGGAAGUUUAUAAAAUCCUUCAAAUGUCUGCGGUUUUGUACGCGAGUUUCGAUUUUGUGUCACAUGGACUUACUGAGUUACCAGGAAUUUCCACCGCAUCCAGAACAGGUACGAAAAGGCUGUAUCCGCCGAUCGUAGCUGAUCGUAACCAUUCAAGUUAAUGCAUCAAUUUCCACCGGCUACUUUCCGUUCCGCUGUGGAUCACCAGACUCUGCAGUUGAUCACAAGAGUUAUACUUUUCUGGACGGCGGAGCAUGCCCGAUAAAUUCAGCACAGAUUAACCCGUGCUGGAAAGGAAGUCGGGCACAGACACAAAAUAAAACAUCCUUCUUUUCCAAAUAAAAUACUGUUUCAGGCGGAUCACCAUGCAAACGGGCGGGGAUGAACAAGUAAAAGGUUUUUAGACAUCAUUUCACCCCAUUGACACCAUGGAUGAGGAGAUGCUGAUUCUAUAAGUCUAGAAGUAGAUGUCCUCCUCUGGAAGGACACAAUCUACUGCUUAUAUGGUUCGCCUAUGUGGCUAAAGACAACUUGUUAUCCUGCUGUCCGUAUCCACCUCGAAAUUCGUCUCACAAACGAUCUGGUACGGCAAAAAUUGCCAAUCGGAGCCGGAUACGGUGGAAAUCCUCGGUUAGAAGCAUUUAGACACUUGAUCUGACCCGAAAACCCUUCAAAAUCAACUCUGUGCGACUCCGUGACUCCGCCCCGCAUCGUUGUGUCCUCUUUUUUGGAAGUCAGAAUAUCGUCACCCUACUUUUAGGCACUUCAUAACUUCCUUCAUAACUUUCUGCUUCCUGGAUGGCGGAGUGUUGGCGGUAUCUCGAGGCUGUAUGAGCUCUUAUGAAUGUCCCCGCUCCUGAGCUCUAGGUGGGAAGAAGGUUUUUUACUUUCCAUCGUAGGUUUUCACAGAGAAGCUCAAUUACCCCAGAGUGGAUCCAGCCUGUGCUUGCACCUUUUUGUCCCUGUUUCUAAAUGUUUCCGCACCUACACAUGUUGUGUCACCUCUGAGUGCACCCACAUGUUGUCGGUCAUUGACAGUGCUGUCUGUUUGCUGUUUGGAAACUAUGAAUGUGCUCAUAAGCUGUAUUGUAUGAUGUAACUGAUAUGAGUAUUCAUGUUGCAAAACCGACACCCCCCUGCUGCCCCUCCCCCAUACUGCUAACCUUACAUAAGACGAAUCAUAUCUGUGUGUAUCGAUCGACGUGCUGCUUCUGCACUUUGCAUAAAUGUGAGUGUGUGUGUUUGCAGAUUAGAUGCUAUCAGUGUAUUUCUAUGUAUUUACAUGUGGCCGUGUGUGUUAGAGAGUUAGAUGAAGAGUACAGAGUUGUAUUAAUAGAUGGUCACCAUAGAGACAGGAGACACUUCCUGUUUUUUUCUGAUUAUUAACCAGCUUGUAUCUUCUUCUCCUCUUCUUCCAUUUUUCUGUUUUCUUCGGCUUUUCUCUCUGCAUUUCCAUCUCGUCUCUCCACUUCCUCAUCGCCGCUCAAUCUCCUUCAUUUGCCCCGAUUUCCCCCCUUUCUCGCCAUCUGUCUUUCCAGAGCGUGGCCCCCGUAUGAACAACACCUCCCAGCUCUCCUCCGGGCCCACGCUGAUUUCCAGCAGCGUCAAAGGUCCCGGCGGUGGCAGGGAUCACGGCGGCGGCGGCAGUUUCUUCGGAGGGGGAAUGAGACACAACAGCAGCCACCCCUCCUUCUCCCAUUCCUUCCACAACCUGGCCCAGCUGCCGCCGUCCUACGAGCUCGCCAUGAAACCUGAGAUCAGCCGCUACAGCUCCCUGAAGAAGCUGGGUGAGUCCGGGGGGAGGGGGGGAGAAAGUUCAAAUGCAGGGGAGGGGGAAACGAGAACAAGGGGAGCAAAGAGGGAAACUUGAGCGAGGUGGAGGGGGCACAAGUGGCACUAAGUGAUUAUUCUGGGCAGCUGAGGGCUUCCAGGUGAUCAUUCUAGCAUCCAUGUUGGAAAUAAGAGUUUUCUUUUGAAGAGUAUUGGGGAUUUUGUGCUUUUAUUGUGAAAUUUAGAGGAAAUUUAGUCUGAAACAGGGAGAAGAGGGUGGCAGAGGCUCAAGGCCACGGCUUCAAGAUCUGCACGGCGCAUGUGAAUUAACCACUGAGCCAAGAAUCCUGUUUAUGAAGUGAACUCUUAGGGGCGCCGGGUGGUCUAAGCACGCCCCAUAUACAGAGGCUGUAGUCCUUAUCAUGUUGGUCGCUGGUUCAUCUCAAGCCCAUGACCCUUUGCUGCGUGUCUUCCUCCCCACAAUUCUUAUCUUUCCUCAGCUCUCUGAUCCAGUUCAGACAAAAACCUGAACUCUUCCACAGGUCGACAAAUGAAGCCAGAAUUUGCUGCUUUUUAUAAAUACACACAAAACUCCAAUUAUCAGCAGGUGAUUGUUUAGGGCUGGGCAAUAAACUGAGAAAAUUUACUGACACCGAAAUUUACGACUAUAACCAACGUCAUUUUACCCAUAUGGGUAUAUUCAGUGUCAAAAAUAAAUAAAAGUUGUUUUUGGAUGUGUGUAGGUAGGCUAUGGUUUCACGUCCCUUUAAGAUGCUGUCCUACAUCAGAGACGUGACUCCACCCCAUCCAGUCGGUAACAAAGAGGGAAAGACAGGUGAGGAGAUGGAGGACGGUUCAAAAGUUGUAGCGGCUGAAGUAGACGAAGUUAAUGUGGGAGGAGGUGAGCAGCUUGUGGAGUAGUUAUCAUCCAUUUAUCAUUAUUGAGGUGAACUGUUCAAUAUAUUGUGAUAUUGAUUUGAGGCCAUAUCGCCCAGCCCUAUGAUUGUCUUAUUUCUUCUACAGAAUGUCUUUUUAGGUUGAGUUUGAGUUAAAGUUACUGUUGAAGUCCAGAAAAAUGUCUUAUUUCAAGACGUAACACGCCAAAAAUAAGACGUGAAUUAUUGUGAAAUAAGACAUUUUUCCGGACUUGUCAGACGUACGUCGCUCAAAUUAAACUUAACGAGACUUUUUUUUAUAGGUAAGACAAAAACACUCAUAAAAUCCCAUAAAAUUCUUCUUUAUGUCCCACAGACCUUUGGGUGUGUAUGUGGUUUUGGUGCUUUUGGAUGCAGCCUCUAGUGGACAUUUGAGGAACUGCAGUUUAUAACACACUUCAAUCAUCUUUAUUUCUCAGGAUCAGAGGUUGCCAUUUGGUUUUAAACGUCGACCUUUGCCCUGAAAAAGUUCGGCAAAUGCACUUUUUCUGCCUUUACUAUAAAAUCACAACCCCUCUCAUUCUAGUGAUGGGAAGAACGGUUCUCUUGACUGUACUGAAUUUUUAGAAUCCGUUCAUCAAAAUGAUUCGUUCAAAAGAUUUGUUCACCGAAUCAGUCAGUGAUUGUACAAGAGUAAACGACACAGCGGCGCUGAUCAGGCGUUCAUUCAUUGAACAGCGUCGUUCACUGGGUGAAACAUGUUGUUCAUUCGCCAAGUCGUGAAGGAAGAAUCAUGUCCCCUCGCAUCAUGACGGGAAUAAAAUGACACAGCAGCAAGCAGCACACCCGCUAAACGAGCGCGAGUCAUCAUUCUUUUAUAUCGCGGAAAAUUGGAGAGAUUUACCGGCACGCCACGCUUGCAGCCGAGCUCAAUUGAUCUGAGAAAGGAACGAAUCAGGAUUCCAUUUGCGUCGUUCACUCAGCAGUUUGGUCUUUUGAACAAAAUCGUUCAUGAACAACACAACACUAUCCCAUUCGAGCUGUUGCUGCCUCCAAGGAAGGAAGACUUUGCCCCACCUUCACAUCUCUGUAAUUACGAUAUCAGGGUAACUACCGACUGUUCGAGGGAGCUACCACCAGCCCGGCUAAAAGCUAAAAGCUUGGCAGUCGUGAUUCUGUUACAGAGGUCGACGUCGUGCCAAGAGGUCGGGCUCACACUCACACUUUGCCUGCAGAUCAAUAACACAUACAACACCCACUUCACCGGAUUUUUGGUAUUGCACAUGUCUCUUCCAACUGAGAUGUGAGCCAGUUAUUCCCCAGCAAACUGGCUCACUCCCACAUGACUCUCUCUCCAGGUAUUUCUCUCAUUCUGUGGCCUGGAUAGUUCGACUUUCACAGCCGACUCUCAAGUGAACCUCCAUUAUGGCAGCGGGAGAUUUGUGACUCAGCCGCAGAGCCAAAUAAUGAUCUGAUUGUGCGAACUGUUUUUGCUAAACACUGCAAACAAACAAACUGGGAUAGAAAAAAGGGGAAUUAACGAGGGGAUUGGUGCGGAGAGAUAACGAGGGAGAGGGAGAGAGAGGAACGGAGAUGGAUGAGAUUGAUUGAUGUGACGGCCAAGUGUAAAAUCUGACCUGCAGCUCAAAGAUGUGAAAUAUCAAACACUGAGCGAAUCGUUCAGAUCAUCAGAAUCAGGAUCUCGCUCCGUAUUUCAGGCGCGUGCCUCGUAAAUCCGGGACUCUUUAUCUGAGGUUUAACAGUUCAUUCUUAUUGUUUAGAGAGCGGUUAGACGAAUCAGACGACAGCAUCGCAGAUGAACGAAGAUAGAGACGCAUGAGGAGAAGAAUGAAGAGGAGGAGGGAGGAAGGAUGUGGAGAGAUGUGGCGAUAAGGGGGAGGGGCGUUGGCUGCUGGUCUGCAGGGGCCGGGCUGCCUGCGACGGGGAAAAAAAAAAAACGAUUGAGAGGCAGCGGCUGGCAACCUCCCUCCCUCCUUCUCUCUCGCUCUCUCUCUCUUUCUCUCUUCUUCUUCUGCAUCCGUCUUUACCUCGCUCGCCCUGCCGAAGACUGCAGGGGGAGGGGAGUCGCCUCUGCAGGCCGAGUGAUGGAUGGUUACUACACGGGGGAUCCUGUGUGUGUUAGUGUGUGGCUAUAUGUUGGAGUGGAGGCAAUAAUGAGGUGAGGAGUCCAGAUGAGGCUCUUUUUUAUUAUUUCAGUUCAAUCAGAAGGAGAAAACGCUCCGGCGCUUAAAAAGGCGCCCACUUAUUACACAUCAGAUCAUCGAGGUCAUCCUGCUGCUCUUCCUCUUCUUCAUGAAAAAGCAUUUCAUCGCAUGAUGACUCGAAUCAUCGAAACUGACCGUGUAAAAGUGGGUUUAUGUCCUCUUUGUCGUCUUUUUACUCCUGAUAUCCCUUCUUCCUUUUUUCAGUUUCAUGUUUUUCUCUCCUCAUCCAAAUAAUCACCUCAGACACUUUAAUCGUUGAAUUUAUAAACAAAUAUUUUCCUUCAAAUGUUUUCGGUUAUGAAGUGAUAACAGUGAUGGUUUGAUUCAUGUCUGAUCUGUUUAUAUAGAGGAGUUGAGCUUUAUGAGCUGUACUGCAGCCGGCCAGUAGGGGGAGCUCUAAGUGAUUUGGUUUGAGACUUUAACUAUCCCCUUUCCCUUAUUUCGAGUAAAAAUGCCAGAGUUAAGAACAAGUUAAAUCAGGAGAGUGCAUGUUUCUAAUGUGAAUCUGAUGUGUGAUAGCUAGGGAUGGGCAAUAUAGGCUAAAAAAAUGAUCACAUCAAGAUUUGCCAUUCUGGCGAAAACAAUACAAGUCCUGUUAAAAAAAAAUUAUAAUUCCAAUCUAUAUUUUUGACUCAUUUUGUCUUGAGAACACCGGUUGGAGUUGUCAAAUAAGAUACUUAACCACAUGUUUGAGUGGUGGGUUAUGGAGAAAAGUAAUGACGUCAAACAAGUCUCAAAUGCAGCAGAUCCACUAUCUGAUGUCAGGCACACCUGAUUGCGCUCAUCUAAACCCCGAUCUUGAGAAACAUCUUCUUCAUUACCUUCGGCCAUGUUUGUUUGGUUGUUAUCCUGCUCUGUGUGGGCUAUGGCUGUGAGUCCGUCACUCGCGCUUACGUCAUCAACUUGCAUUUAUCGUAUUUAUCAUGAGAUGGCAAAUAUUUAUCGUGAAUGAUAAUGUAUCGCCCAUCCUUAGUGACAACUGGAAGUCGACCAGUUGCAGUGUUUCAGAGGCUGAAAAUACAACCAUUUUAGCCGAAAUCACUCUUAUAAUAUGAAGUCUAAAUUGAAAAAGAAGUUAAACGAGUGACUUAAGAUGAAAUAAAAUGUUUGUCACAUUGAUAAUGUUGCUAAAUUCACCCUCCUUUGUCAGGCUGAUCUUUUUAGCGUAACUUCAAAUAAAGUUAACGCUAAGAAUUAUGGGUUAUUUUUCCUUCUCUCCCUACCUUAAUGGGAUAUUCCAGGGUAAAAUUAAUUCAGGGUCAAACACACCAUAACACAGAGUUAGACACCCCGUCGAGAGAUGAAUGUUGUCGACUAUUUGCUUCUCUAGUUAUACCAACUUUAGUAACGGCCACACAAUAGCAAUACACAGCGGUCUGAGGAGCCAUAAACAAACCUCAACCUAAACACCACUCUAUAGCCACAAAUAAAGCUCAGAACAGCACCUAACUUCAUCAACAGAAAGCAAGCAAGCAGUCAGCAACAUUCAUCUCUCGAGGGGGUGUCUAACUCGGUGUUACGUGUGUUUGACCCUAACUUAAUUUUAUACCGGAAUAUCCCUUUAAGGAUGGUCUGGUGUAUCCUUCACUAAAGGAGGUAGUAAAGGAAGCAGUGAAUCUCCUCGAACAGCUCUUUGGUUUCACUUGUUUAGGGAAGGAGGACUCAAACAGACCUCACUUUUCACCUGACACUGGUUGCUUCAGCAGAAAGCUAUUAAAGCUUUCUUAUUCACACACACAUCCGGAUCAUCUUAACAUUUUUACCUCAUUAUUUCCUCAGAAACAGCAGAGAGCAUCAGAAGCUAAAACGUCGUCAUUGUGACUCCAGGAGAGCGGCCACAGCCUCUCACCAGCCUCAGCCAUUGUAUGAAAAGCUGCUCCUUUUGAUGUAGAAACCCGAACGCUGCCGCAGAAAAGGACGCUGAUAAAGGCUUCUUUGUCUGCGGUCGACAGUCGGGGAGAAACCUUGAGCUAAUUUGGCCGUACAGGAGGGGAGUAAACACAGAGAGGGAGAGGGAGAGGACAUGAGGCAAACAGAGAGGGGAGACAAAGACAAAGAAAAGCUUGACAGCAAGAAGAAGAAGAAGAGGAAGAAGAGAGGGAAUAGAAAAUGAAACCAGGGGAGAGCAGGAGACAAAGACAGAGGAGAGGAAGAGGUGGAGAGGUGGCUGGCUAAAGGUCAGGUUUAAAUUGGCUCUUGGGGAGCUGCUCCCAUGGAAAUGCUUUGAAGAUUAAAGCGGACUGAAGCUGGAGAGCAGAAAGCACAGAGAAACACAGCGUUUCACCGUUAAUGGACCCUGUAACCUUCUUCUUCUUCUACCUUCAUUUCUUUGUUUGUUUCUUCAUUUUCAAACAGUUCAGGAUGUCAAAUCUCAUUCUUUCCCUCCAGCCUUUGUCACAAUCCUUCCUCCAUUAUCUUCUCCUCCACCCUCCAUCUUUCGGCCUUGACUUCCCUUCUCUCUCUCUCUCUCUCUCUAUUCACUCUCUCUUAUCUCUACAUCCUCCUCUGGCUCUGGUCCUCUUAGCUCAACCUUCCCGGUGUGUUUUAUUCUCACUCUUCCACCUCGUCGUUCUCUUUUUCUUUACUCUUAAGAGAUUUCACCUUCCUUUCCUGCAUCAGAUGUGACACAUUUUCAUUUUUAAUGCCUUUUCUUCUGCUUCCUUGACAUCAUUCGCCUUUUUUAGAUCGCUUAGCUUCUGACUCUGAUGUCGUCAGUUCUUUUCUUUGACUUUCUUUUGUCUUUCCUCUCUGCAGUUUUAUUCCCUCACUUCUGACGGUUUUUACUUUUAACUUCUCUGGGAUCACUCAAGUCCAUCUACUUAUCCUUAUUCUUUCUCGUCUUUCUUUCUCCCUCUGUUUUAGGAAAGUCAUAGUUCAGUCUGGACUUUUGACAUUAAACAUAUAGAAACAGAAAAGGUCUGUUGAGCUGGUUCAAAAAGUUCGUUUUAUCUAAUUUUUUAAAAUCUAAUUCAUUUCCAGGGUUUCUGCUGGGUCUUAAAAUGUUUUAAGACGUCUAAAAUCCAAUCAUUUGAAUUUAUGGCCUUAAAAUGUCUAAAAAGUCUCUUAAAACCUCCUAAAAUGUCUUAAAUACAACUUUAAAAGGCCUUAAAAAAUUAAUUUUAUGUAGAAGUCGUAAAGAUUGAUUUGAAGUUAGUUUAAAAUGUUCUAAAAUGUUCCCUCCAUGUCUUUUGUACUUUUUUGCCAGUAUGGAUGUAAAAUUGAUCUGUAAUCGUCUUUAUUAUGGUCUUAAAAAGUCUUAAAUUUGACCUGUUGAAACCUGCAGAAACCCUGAUUUCAUAACUUUACUAAUAUUAUCACUUUUUACUUUUAAUAUUCUUCGCUUUGUACACAAACUUGAGAGAUGAAAAAUAUGGAGGUCUUGACAGGAGUAUCAUGAUCAUUUUGGCACUUUACUUACACAAAGACUGGAUGGGGUGGAGUCACGUCUCUGAUGUAGGACAUGAGACCAUAGCCUAGCUACACACAUCCAAAAACAACUUCUAUUUAUUUAUUAUUUUGACACCAAAUAUACCGAUAUGGGCAAAAUGACGCCGGUUAUUGUCGUUAAUUUUGGUAUCGGUAAAAUUUCAGUUUAUCGCCCAGCCCUAGUUUGAGAGACAUUUAUAUUCAACAUAGACUGUAUAUAGAAUGGACGCCGGUUUCUUUACAGCUCCAAUUUUAAAAGUGGGGGUUCAUGUUUUCUGUGAUCGACUCUCCUGCCAAAUGCGUACAAUGCUACUGCGCAAUGCUGGUUUCAGGAAAUAAAGAAAAAUUGCAGAAAUACAGAGAGCUUUUGGGCUUCAAAUCAGUUUACUGACGGGAGAUGGAACCAAGUUGUCCAUAUAAUAUACAGUCUAUGAAAUUCACACAGUCCAACUUUUUAGCCCUCAAAGAUCAGGUGAGCAUCACAUCCAAAAUUUCACAUUUCCUGGUUGACUUGGACAAAAACACUUUCUCCUCUCUGAGCUGUUCCUGCUCCAGUAUCAUCUCUAAAUUUAAAACUAAGAUUUCUAACUCACUUCUUACAUUAGCAGGGAGAGUCUCAACCUGAUGUGAACACAGGCACUAUGAUAAUUCAGUAUGAAGAAAUCCAUUCAUGACCUUACUAUGUGGGUCAUGAAGAGGCAUCAUGAAGAGGUGUGAGUGAGAGUAUUUAUAAUCAGUUAAAACUCCUAACAGUGAAAAAACUGCUGAAAAACAAAAGGUCAAUCAAUAGAGCAUCUGAAGACGAUGAAGUGGAUUAGUUUGAGUGUGGAGCAGGUUUUAGAAUUGAUUUUGAUAGGGUGUGUGUGUGAUCUGCUUGGACUUUGACCAAUCAGAUUCAAGUACUUACACACCUGGGUGAUGAGGGUUUUAUCGUCUUGCAGGACGAAGACUCAAAACUGAUUCGAAAUUCACAUUUAAGUGCCUUAAAUCAUCUUUUUUUGGGGUCAAAUUCACUUUUCCCUGAUUCUCUCUUUCUUUUGUUGAUCUAGAGAAAGAACUGGACGAGUACUCGAACUACUACAACUCCAAACGCCGCUCCACCAACGCCCCUCCUUCUUUCCACUCCUCGUCACACCACCUGCCGUGGGCGGGGGGAGAGUACACACUGGGAUCAAGAGGCACGCUGCCCCUCAAUGGCACCCGACCUCGCACCCACAUCCCCUCCACCCCGAACCCGUACCCGCUGCCGGGCCAGUCCCAUUACACCAGCUCCAGCUUCGACAGGCCGCCGCGCCGCGUCCGCUCCCAGGACCAGCUGCUCGGAUUCACGGAGGGCAACUCGCUGUCCCGCAUGUCCAAGAACCAGCAACAUUACUACAAAGCCGUGAUGGGCAGCAGAGGCAACAACUCGCAGACGCUCCGCAGGUGAGAUAAGAGGCGAGGAGCCGGGGAGUGAGGCAUGAUGGGAGAAACAGAUUAGAUAGAACAAGCAGAUAAAAGUCAGCGGAGAGAGAAAGAGAGGAUGAUAAAAGACGAAAGGAGAUCAGAGUGACGUGAAACGAUGAGAGGAAACGGAGCAGAGGUGAGACAAAUUCCAUUAAGAAAUAAGAAGAACUUUAAUGAAAACUAUUCUGCGUUUUUCUUUUAUCAACAACAGACUCAAUGAUUCCCUUUAAAGUGUCUGACAGAGUGGAGCUGCACUCGAUUAGAUUAAACCAGUCCUGUCUGAAAGCUUUUAUCUCCAUGAUUUGAAUAAGAGGGCGCUGAUAGGAGCCGGCUUGUGUUGAAUAUGAUAUAUUGUUGUUAUUCAGAUACUCCAAGGAAGGUAAUAAACUUCAGUUUUCAAACACGAUUUAAGGAAAACUAUCCUGUUAUAGAUAAUCUGCCUCGACACGCAUGAAAUGAAGGAAAGAAACUAUCACUUAUUUAGAUAGAUAUUUAGAGAUAAAGGUCUUUAUUUGUUGGUUUGAUGGCCUCAUGGCAAAAGCUUGGACAACCAGGAUUUCCUGUUGUAUCGAUCAGUUUAUACAUGAUAACACAUUAUGAAAAUACUCUAGAUUAAAGUGACAGCAGAGAUUCAGCACAAUUCAACAUGCACUCAAGUUACCUGACUUUUUAAAGGUUCGAUUGUCUCUUUUUAGGUGAGAUGUUCAAACUGUUAAAGAGACUUAAUAAAGCAGUUUGAUGUCAAACUUUUGAGAAACUACAGAUUUAAAAACUUAAUUCACUUAACGAAAAAGAAAUAAAAUGUUAAUCUUUGACACAGUCUGUUAAGAUUACUUUUAUAUCAGCUCAGGUCCUCAUUUUUUUUAGGUCUUCUAACUUCUACUUUUUUCCCCCGAAGUGGUAAAAAAAAACUUUUAGAGCAAACUUACCAAAAGAAAAAAACAUGAAAUAAGGUUUUAAUUUCAUUCCAUCAUCUUAUGAGUUUUUUUUAAGUUUCUCUACCAAUAGUAGCAGGAAACAGACUCAUACUACCUUUAAAUCUUACCCCCAGUUUCCACCACAUCCAGAACGGCUACGAAAAGGCCGUAUGCGACGAUUGUAGCUGAUCGUAACCAUUCAAGUUAAUGUGUCGAUUUCCACCGGCUUCUUUCUGUUCCGUUGCGGAUCGCCGGACUCCGCUGGAUAAAUUCAGCACAGAUUAAUUAAUUAAAGGAAGUCAGACACAGACACAAAAGAAAACAUCCGGCUUCUUUUCAAAAUAAAACACACCCACCGUGUUUCAGACGGAUCGUAUUUCACUCCGUGCAAAUGGCAGGAACGAACAAGUGAAAAGUUUAUUGACAGCAUUUCACCCCGAUGACACCAUAGAUGAGGAGAUGCUGAUUCUAGAAGUCUAGAAGUACCUAGCUACCAAUUUCCUCCUCUUGAAGGACACAAUCUACUGCUUCUAUGGUUAGCCUCUGUGGCUUUCUUUAUAGAGACAACUUGUCAUCGCGUGAUUGCUCGUGAAUCUGUGGGUUCUUGCGAGUUCUUCUGAUUCCCGCUGUCCGCAAUCUGCCACGAAAUUUGCCUCACAAACGGAUCCGGUAGGAAUUGACGGACGGUGAAAAUCGCUGCCGAAAAUUGUGUUUUUUUUUCCUGUGCUAAUCAAAUAAGUUUGAUUAUCUAGAUUGUUUUGCAUCUGUAAAUUGAACCAUUCCUACAUAAAUCAAUCAAGACUCAUAUAAAAUUUUUGCCUCGCCUGAAAAGUCACUCCUGAAAGUUUUCUUAAAACAUGUCACAGGACAUUUCAUGAAAAUAAUUGAAGCAGUAACAGCAGUAAGAAAAUAUUCCUCUGCUCCCAGGUCCCAUGAGAGGCUUCUAGUGUCACCUGACCGUCUGGAGGACCAGCUGAUGGCGAUGGGUCUGAUCAUCGGAGGAGGAGGAGGCGAAAGGAGCGGCAUGGUGCCCACUAUGGGCCGCCUCAGCCACCACCAGAAGGCCCAGUCUCAACAGAACAUCUGCGUCACGCCGUCCAUGGACCGCCACCACAUGAUCAAGAUGAACUCCCACCCGACGCCGAGCCACGACCGCGACCGCAGCUCCGCCGUCAUGCAGGGGAUGGGCAUGCACGGCGGCUGGGACCCGCACGGGGGCCACCCCAACGCCCGGCGGAUGGCUUUCGCGAACAAGAGGCAGAACACCAUCGAACAGCUGCACUUCAUCCCCGGAGGAGGAGGAGUGCAGGGACUGCGGACUGGGAGUAAGAACGAGGUGACAGUUUGAGAAGAAGAGGGCGGAUGAAAAGAGAGAAGAAGAGCGAGAGCAGAGAGGCUGAAGUUGUUCAGAAAGCUGAAGAGGCAGAUGAGGCAUUGAGAGGAAGAAGAUGAGCAGGAAAGAGAUGAAGAAGAGGUUUGAUCUCAGCUGGCUGCCUCACCCUGAGCAGCAAACAGCCCCCUCCCCUUCAUCAAAGAGAAACGGUUCGAGCCAACAUGAAUCUCAAAGCGAGUUUUGCCAAUUGAUUUUCUCUUCGUCACUUUUGUGUAAUGAAAAGAGAAUAUUCAGCCAUUCUUUGUAAAAGGGAAGACAGAAAUGUCCACUUUAAAAGAGCAAAAAAUAUCACCGGAGCGCAGCGUCGGGGCUGCCAGGUGUUCGCUGUGACUUUUAUCGAAGGAUACCCGUCGAGUCAGAUUUGUCGAGUCGUCCUUGAGUUUUAUUGCACUGUCCUCGGAGUCCUCGAGAGCUCUGACAGAGAUUCAUCUGUCUUUGAAUCCACUGUGGAGAAAGGAGCGCCAUGAGGCCGAGGCAGACGGGUUUGCUUGUCUUUGUAUUUAUAAGAAGUAUUUAAAACCAAACGAGUUGCUUUUGUAUGAAAUUAACCUGAUAAUAAUAAUAAUAAUAAUAAUGAUGAUGAUGAUAAUAGUAUUAACAUAACUGAGCCCUGUAAGACUUUGUGUAUACUUGGUUUCAAAUGUAUUUAUCCUUGAGCCAGCCAGUUUGUAAUUUCAAGGCUGGACACUUGGCCUGCCCAUUGUGAUUGGACUAUAAUGAAAGUAAAACAUCGUCUGCAAAGAAAAAAAGCUUAGUGGUCGCCUUUAUGGCUUUAUUUACUUUGGCUUAAGUGAACAAUUUUGGAUAAACAACACUGAAAUUGACACAAAUUGCUACCUUGAAGGCCCAGUCACACCAGUAUUAUUGAGAAAUUAAAGCAGAAAAUCAAUUUAUUGGAUUAAAAUUGAUUCGAUCUCUUCGGAAAGUGCAACCAAUGGAUCACUGAAUCCAAAAAUACAACGCUAUCAAAGCUUGUUGUGCUAAAUACUUGAAUCUGGCGUCCUCUGUUGGAGGGUUGACCGCUGUAAAAGGAAGAAAUUUACAUUAACACUGAAUUUAAAGCGAGCUUUUAUUGACUGGGAUUACACCAGAUGAAGGUUAGCGCUAGCAUUCCCCCUGUGUGCUAGCAUGUUAGCUACUCUAGUUCCCCUUGUCUCCAAGCUUCGAGCGCCUUUGAUUUCGCAGAGAGCUGCAGGUUAAUUCGCCUCUUUCUGGAGUGACCGGGCCUUAAAAGUGGGAUCCACUUUGCAGUAUAAUUUAAGCUGACUAUAAAGCCUUUGUACAGUGAUCUCUAGUGGGUGUAUAUCAUCUAUGAAACAUUGUGACGUGACCCUUUGCGUAAUAAUUAGUAAAAAAAAAUACGACGUUUUGGAAUAAGACAGCUCAUAAAGAAGAACUAACCUCAUGCAGACUCUGUUAGGGUCAGACGUUUUAAUACUGACCCGCCUCAGCCACUGUUUUAGCUCGUCAUUGCGGGUUUUGUAAAGAGUCAAGGGUUUUGUCUGGCACUCAGCCGACCCUCCUGUGCUUCUUCAACGCCACAUGUUACCUGCAAGUUCAGCUGCUCACCUCGUACGAAGGGAAGGGGGGGCAGACGGGUUCGAGGCGGGGGGACAACGGACACUUCACACCAAGGGCUAUACCGACUUAUCUUUGUGUGUCUGUGCUCUGUACAGUCUGCUUCUCAUUUUCAUGUCUUCUGCGUGUCAGUGUUGAGAGGCAUGCUUGUGCAUAUGUUCACUGAGUUUUAGUUUUUUUCUUCCCGUGUAGAGAGAAAAUAUAGAAACCUGCGGGGAGCAAAAGGAACUUUUUGUCUAAAAUGUAAAAACACACAACCAUGGUUAGUUUUUGGGAUGAAGCGCAACAUUCACCAGAUUCACAUGGCCAUCAUUUAACCCUGACGUCAGGCUCUGAGCGGGAUGUUCAAGCGCGGAUAUCGAAGUCCGACAUUUUAAACUAAGGAUUGGAAAAAUUAAACUGAAGAGAGCCACCAAGUCCUGUUUGGAGUGAAACGACGUACUUACAGCACCAUCGUAAAAGCAUAACUCCUUGUUUUCAUUAAUGAUUUCUAUGACUUUUCCAAUGAGGAAACUGUGCGAGCCAACAGUAACGUUAGAAGUUGAACUUUGCAUACUAACCCAGGCCUUUAAAAUCUUGCCCAAACUUAAAAUUCAAGCGCUCCAUAACUAGCCAGCAGUAGACAACAGCUAAUUUGUGUUUUUAACUUUAUAUUUUGAUAGUUUUAAAAAAUAGGUAAACACUAGCGCACAUAUCUAGCGUAAUCCAAUUCUUUACAAUCUUGCCCAAACUUCAAAUUUAAGCCCUCCAUAGCUAGUCAUCAGUAGACAACAGCUAAUUUGUGUAUGCAACCUCACAUUUUGAUAGUGUUAAAAAUUGGUAAAGCCUAGCGCACAUUUCUAGCGCACAUUUUUAGCGUGAUCCAAGCCUUUAAAAUCUUGCCCAAACUUCAGAUUUAAACGCUCCAUAGACAACAGCUAAUUUGUGUAAUAAACUUUACGUUUUGAUAGUGUUCAAAAAUCGGUAAAGCCUAGCGCACACUUCUAGCGAACAAUAUCAGCGCUCGAUUUUCUUGGCAAGUGAUGUGUAAGCUAAUAAAUUUUGUAAGUUGACUUGUCUUGGUGAAUUUUUGCCUCGAGCAUUACCACAAGCUGUUGUCGUCACCUGAUGAGUCAGCGAAAAUGUAACGACGUAAAGGCUCUGUUGCUUUAUAAAUUACGGUAAAACAGUUUAUUUGAGAUAAUGAGGCGUCAUGUUUUAACAGCUUAAUUACAAACAGCUACUGUCAUUUUCAGUUAAUUGUUGGGGUGUUGUAGCGUCGAAUGCUACCAUGGUUAGCAUUCAGCCUCUCCCUAGCUACCGUUAACUUUUGCUAGCGCAGCAUGUUAGCUUGAAUUCCCCAAAUACCGUUGAUGUUAUCUCACGAUGAGCUUGACCCUUAAGAAAAAUGGCGGCGGUGUGAAAAUCGGGGGAGUGUGUUGCUUGGAAAAGGUGGUCAUGAUGAUGUCAUAUUUUUCACAUUUUUGCGUUUUCUGGCUGUGAGAUGGACCUUCUAGCCUUUAAAGCUGGAUCCGCCCUUUAACGGGGUUUAAGGGACUCGUGAGGCCUUGUUUUAGGUUUCAGCUUCCCCUGAAGACAGACAUUAUUGACGACUGAGCGGAGCUUCCUGCCAGACAUUUUUACUCUACGAACAUGUACCCAUCGAAAUGAUUUACGAUCGUACGUGUUAAGAACGCCCCUCGAUCAGACUCCCAAACACUUUUAUCAACAAUCUUUUUCUUCUGUCCUUUACUUAAACAUGUAUUUAUUUUUUUAAAUCUGUGAAUUUUAAUGUAUAAUCCUGGAAUUUUCAAUAGUCAAACUUUAUAGCUGAAUUUUAAAAAAAGAGAAAAAAUAUGUCUGAGCUGAUGCAAUCAAAGAGAAAAGACGAAACCGCAUGACGAUGUCAGAGGCCAGUGUUGGUGAUGUCAGUGCUGACUCAUGAUGUCACGGCGUGUGUGCGCGUAAAUGUGUGUCUUUUUAUUUGUGUGUUCUUGUCGGUGUAUUUCUCUGUCUUCUUCCUCUGAUUUUCGGGAAUGCUGAAUCUCACCGCGCUCUUUAGGUCGCGUCUCCGGACGAUUUCGAUGACCAGAGUCGCGGUCGUUAAAUGUUCAUAUCAAUUUGUACUGGAAUAUAAACGGCCUGUAAUUGUUACAGUUUGGGAAAUUUAAGGGAGAUUGAUCAAUCAGAGCUUUUCUUGUGGAGCCAAAGCUGGUAUUUUUCCAAAAGAUUAAAAUGUGAACGAUCAAAUGUGUCAAGUUUUGGUAUUUGAAUGGACAUCACAAACCUUACGAUGUCUCUUUGAUAAUGUGUCGCCGCCCUCUGAUGUGAAUUUAUAUCCAAAAAGGAAACUUGUUUUUUCACGUGCGCUCAUUUUGACAAACUUUAAGGGCGCAGAAGUUACACAUUUCUAGUGAUGGUGAUGUUGUUUGAGUGGGUUUUUGGUGGAGAAUGUAUUAACACAAAGGAAAAGGCUUUGUGGUUUUUACAAUGAUGAGAUCUGGUUAACCAUUAAAAGAGAAAAAUAGGAAAAAUGGAAAUGUGAACCUUGAAAUCCAGAUGUAUUUCUAAUGUCUCUUUGACCCUUGAACAUUUAAAAGUCUGACACAGGUGUUGCUAUUCAUGUUAAGUUUAUCGCUCCCCUGAUUGAAGCGUGUAUGUAUGUGUGUGUGUGUUUGCGCGGCUGUGUGUGUGUUUAUGAUUGUGUUUACCAUUAAGAUGGGGUUGGGUUGGGGGGGCAUGGGCAUAUUUGUAUUCUUAAAGCUACUCUGCAUACCUCAAAUUGUAUAAUACAUUUAUUUAUUACAUCCCCUUAUAUGUCUAUUUCCAAGAAUAUCCAAACAAAGGUCUCACAGAUGUGCAACUCUUUUGUUAUUGGUGAUCAAUUCUUGCGUUUGUAGAAACCAUACUGUUUAAUUGAUAAUAAUAAAAAUAAUACCACUAAACUACA